CUCCCGACUGGACGAAGAGGUCCUUUAUCAAUUUUUUUUUUUAAAUAAUAUAGUGAUACCGAACGCGAGACAAUUUUUUUUUUUUUGAAUCUGGAUAAACGCGAGUGGAUUAAGGUGGAAGGAGGCUGCGAUCAGCCAUGGGGACGGCAAAGAUGAAAAAUCUUUGGCCGUUGGUGGUGUGGAUACUUUUUUCUUCGUGUCCAACCGAUUCAUACAGAGGAUUCGGAACUGGAUUGAAGAGGGAAGUGUUCUUUCUAAAUCUGGAAGAUGGUUACUUUGGCUGUCAAGUUAAUGAGUCGACAGAUAUUUUACAACUUUUAGAACUAUCGAAAUUGUGCGACAAUCAUGCAGAUUGUUUUGGAGGCACAGAUGAGCAGCGAACUAGGCUCAAAUGCACAGAUGAUUGUACCAAAGAAGAUGGUACCCUGUGUCAAAACGGAGUUUGCCUCGACUCAGUCUGUCACUGCAAUGAUGGCUUCGGAGGCUGCAAUUGCCAAGUUCCAGAUGAGAACGAGUGUAAAUUUCGACCCUGUGAUAUUUUUGCCCAUUGUACGAAUACACUUGGCAGCUAUCAAUGUACCUGCUUUCCUGGUUAUCAAGGCGAUGGAUUCCACUGCGAGGAUAUAAACGAAUGUGAAAAUCCAGAAUUUGCUGCACGGUGCGUCGAAAAUGCUGAGUGCUGUAAUUUACCUUCGAAUUUCCUAUGUAAAUGUAAAGCGGGAUUCACUGGCGAUGGCGAGGUCCACUGCGAGGAUGUGGACGAAUGUGCGUUGCAAGAUGCGUGUGGAGAAAAUAGUCUUUGUCAGAAUACCCUUGGAAAUUAUACGUGCUCGUGUCAGCCGGGAUACUCGGGAGACCCAUACAAACUUUGUACCGAUAUAAACGAAUGUAACUACGAAGGUGCUUGUGGACAUGGUGCGUUGUGCGUGAAUUUGCCUGGUGCACAUAGAUGUGAAUGCCCUGAGGGAUACGAUGGAAAUCCAGAGGAUGGAUGCAGGGAUGUGGACGAGUGUCUUAGAACUCCCUGCGGACGAUCGGCCUUGUGUACGAAUAUGGAUGGCACUUUUCGCUGUGCCUGCCCUCCAGGAAUGGAGGGAGACCCAAUGUCAGCCUGCCAUGAUAUAAACGAGUGCGAGGGAAAUCCUUGUGGUGCGGACGCGGAAUGUGUGAACAGCGAAGGAAGCUUCGAGUGCAGAUGUCGGUUGGGAUAUCAAAUGGAUACCAUCCACGGCUGUGUCGAUGUGAACGAAUGCGCUCAGAAUAAUCCCUGCGCCACUAACGCCAAGUGCAUCAACGUCCCAGGAACGUUUAAGUGUUUAUGCCCUCGAGGCUUUGUUGGCCAGGGACUUACGCUAUGCGAAAAUAUUAACGAAUGCGAGAAAAGUCCUUGUGGAGAAAACGCGGAAUGCACAGAUACAAUAGGCAGCUUUGUAUGUAGCUGCAAGGCAGAAUACACCGGUGAUCCGUUCAAGGGAUGCAGUGACAUCGACGAGUGUACAGCUUUGGACAAUCCAUGCGGAACCAAUGCCAUUUGCAAGAACACAAUUCCUGGAUAUACAUGUCUUUGUCCACCAGGAUUUAGUGCCAAUCCUAAUCCGAAAGUCGCUUGUGAUCAGACGGACGUCGCAACACUCUGCAAAACCAAUUUUGAGUGCGUUAACAAUGCUGAAUGCAUCGAAGGUCAGUGUUUCUGUAAAGAUGGUUUCAAGGCCAUUGGAGCUGAAUGUGAAGAUAUUGAUGAGUGUUUGAAGAAUCCAUGUGGACCAAAUUCCGUCUGCACCAACACAAGAGGACAUUUCCAUUGUGAUUGUGAAACUGGAUUCAUUGGAACACCACCACAUUCGCCUUGCAAAGCCCCAUGCGACGAAGUAAUUUGUGGUGAACACGCCUUCUGUAAACCCGAAGGUCAUGAAGCCUAUUGUAUUUGCGAAGAUGGAUGGACGUUCAAUCCAAAUGAUAUCUCAGCUGGAUGUGUUGACAUCAACGAAUGUGAUGAAAUUAAUGGUCCCUCUGGUCGAUGUGGUAAAAAUGCAAUUUGCACAAAUUCGCCUGGCGGAUACAGUUGUCAGUGCAAACAAGGAUUCUCCGGAAAUGCCUUAAAACAAUGUUUAGAUGUUGAUGAAUGUUCUCGACCUGAUGCGUGUGGACAUGGAGCCACUUGCACGAAUAAAGAAGGCUCUUACAGUUGUUCAUGUCCACCAGAAACUAUUCCUGAUCCAGAUCCUCACAUCAAGUGCGUUGGAGUCGUCACUUGCGAUGUGGAAAAUGACUGUCCAGGAAAUGCCAUUUGUGAUCCUCAAAAACGUUGCUUGUGUCCUGAGCCAAACGUUGGAAAUGACUGUAGACAUCCAUGUGAAGAACUUUCCUGUGGUCCAAAUGCCCACUGUAUGUUAUUGAAUGACGUCGCGAACUGUUUGUGCAGUAACGGUUACACGGGUAAACCAGGAGUCAAGGGAGGCUGUAGAGAUAUUGAUGAAUGUUCAACGAAUCCAUGUCCACAAGGCGCUGUCUGUUACAACGAACCCGGAAGUUUCUCUUGUCAAUGUCCAAGUGGAAUGUCUGGAGAUCCCUACAGUGGUGGAUGUGAAAAAUCACUGUUGCCCCAUGUUUGCGGACCCAACAGUCCAUGUCCACUUGGCGAACAAUGUAUCAAGGAUGAAUUUGUCGGAAGUAGCGUUUGCAUCUGCCAAAGAGGAUACACUCGCGACGCUGAAACACACAAAUGUCGAGAUAUUAAUGAAUGUCUUGAAUUGAGGGACAAGCCCGCUUGUGGAGUGAAUGCAAUCUGUAAAAAUCUUCCCGGCAGUUAUGAGUGUCAAUGUCCACCUGGUUUUAACGGGAAUCCUUUCUCUCUUUGCGAAGAAUGCAACAGUAUCGAGUGCCAGUGUCAACCACCUUACAAGAUUGUAAAUGGUAAGUGUAUGCUGGCUGGUUGUUCGAAGGGCGAAACUUGUCCCGCCGGUGCUGAAUGUAUCACGAUAGCGGGUGGCGUCAGUUACUGCGCCUGUCCCAAAGGCUACAGCACUAAACCCGAUGGAUCUUGCGAAGACAUAAACGAGUGUAUCGAAGGACACCAAGUGUGUGGAUAUGGUGCCGAGUGCAUUAACUUACCUGGUUCUCAUCAAUGCGUCUGUCCCCGAGGAUAUGGUGGUGAUCCCUACAAUGGUCUCUGUUCUCCAGCUCAAAAACGAUGUACAAACGACAAUGAAUGUAAACCCAAUGAGAAAUGCGUUCAACCCGGUGAAUGUGUUUGUCCACCUCCAUUCUAUACGGAUCCUCUUAGUGGCAAUCUCUGCAAAAAUCCUUGUGAUCGAUUUCCAUGCGGACUUAACGCAAAAUGUACACCAAGCGAUCCACCAAGAUGCAUGUGUGAGGCAGGUUACGAGGGAGAUCCACAACAUGGUUGCGUCGAUGUCAAUGAGUGUACCAACAAUCCUUGCGGACGAGGCGCCUACUGCUUUAAUAUCAAAGGAGGACACGUUUGCGAAUGUCCAAAAGGAAUGUCCGGUGAUCCAUAUGGAGCGGGAUGUUCCGGAGCACCCACAGCCAAACAAGAAUGUUCAUCGAACGAUCAUUGCGAGAAUUAUUUGUCCUGUGUUCAAGGCAGCUGCGUCAAUCCCUGCGACAAUGUGCCAUGUGGACCAAAUGCAUACUGCGAACCUGACAAACAUGCUCCUUGGUGUCGAUGUCUUAACGGAUUUACUGAAGGCAAAAACAACGAAUGUGUUUCUCAAUGUGAUGGAUAUGUUUGCGGCAGUGGAGCGCAAUGCAUUGUCAGUUACGAUGGACCAACUUGCAAGUGCAUUGAAGGAUUCAUGGGUAAUCCCUUCCCAGGAGGUCAGUGUGUUCCAGAUGUAUGUUCUCCAGAAAUCCCUUGCGCAGAGCCAAGCGUGUGCAUAGGUGGACGAUGCAAACGACGAUGUGAAGGUGUUGUUUGUGGAAUUGGAGCAAGUUGCGAUCCCGAAAAUAACAAGUGUGUUUGUAAUCCAUAUUUCGUUGGAAAUCCCGAUCUUCUUUGCAUGCCACCGGCUCAACCACCUCAGUGUAGUCCACCUUGUGGAUCGAAUGCGCAUUGCGAGUACAGUCUACUUGAUUCUAAAUGUGUUUGCAAUCCUGGUACCAAUGGUAAUCCAUAUCAUGGCUGUGGAAUUCAACAUAAGUCUGAUUGCUCCCUGGACUCGUGUGGAAAGGAUGCUCACUGUAGUGCUGGACUUAAUGCUAUUGAAUGUCUCUGUCCAGCAGGAUUUGCUGGAAAUCCUUAUAUUCAAUGUUUCGAUAUUGACGAAUGCAAUGGAAACGCUUGUGGCAGUAAUGCAGUUUGUAUUAAUACGAUCGGCAGCUACGAUUGUCGUUGCAAGGAAGAUUUCUUUGGAAAUCCUUUCGUUGAUUGUCAAAAGUUACAAAUUGGACCGUGCACAGAUCCUGCAACUUGUAGAUGUAAUUCUGAAAUGCCUUGUCCUGUGGAUUUCACGUGCGUCAGUGGAAAGUGUAUUGACAAGUGUAGUGAUGUGCACUGUGGUCCAAGAUCAGCUUGCCAAGAUGGAAUCUGUGUUUGUCCACCGGGUUACAGUGGAAAUCCCAAUGAUUUAUCGAAAGGAUGCCAUCAACGUGGUCACUGUUCAAACGACUUGGACUGUGAAACACAGGAAAUUUGCUUCUCAAUUGGCAAGGGUGUAAGAAAGUGUGUGGACGCGUGCAGUAAACUACAGUGUGGACCAAACGCCCUCUGUGUCACCCAACAUCACGCAUCCUCUUGUCUUUGCAUCGAGGGUCACUAUGGAAAUCCCAGUGAUUUGCGAGAAGGCUGUCAACCUAAAAAAUCCAUCAGUCCUGCCUCUUGUGAUUCGCACGAAGACUGCAGAUCGGGAACCUUUUGCAUACUCGGAGAGUCUGGAAUUCACGAAUGUACAAAUCCCUGCAGUAAAGUUGCAUGUGGUACCAAUCAAAGAUGUGAAGUUGAUCAAAUUGGUCACGCUACCUGCAAAUGUUACGACUCCUAUGAAUGGAACCCUGUUUUAUCAUCCUGUGAGAAGCCUUCAGUUCCAGACUGUAUUCACGAUCACGAUUGUUAUCACAAAGCUGCAUGUCGUCCAGACGCUCUAGGUGUUCUCAAAUGUAUCUCGUUAUGCGAAACAUUCACUUGCACCGUCAACUCCCAAUGUGUUGCCGACAAUCACAAGGCUCACUGUGAAUGCCUACCAGGCUUUACUGGCAAUCCAAACGAUCGAUACGGCUGUCAAAGUACUCGUAAGGAUCAGUGCACGACUGAUACAGAUUGCGCGGAAGAUCAUACUUGCAAAUCGUCAUUAGAAGGUGUUUUGUCCUGUCAGCCCGUUUGUAAUUUCAUCUCUUGCGGUCCCAAUGCACUUUGUGUCGUUAAUAAUCACGUGGCUAAUUGCGAAUGUCCUCCAGGUCUUUAUGCCGGUGAUCCCAAUGAUCCCACUAACGGUUGUAAAUCUGUCCCCUGUGUUUAUAACAUCGAUUGCCCUCCAACUCAACUUUGCAAUAGACUCGAACACAAAUGUUACGACGCGUGCGACAAGAGCGCAUGUGGUGUAAACGCGGUUUGUAUUGCCGAUGAUCAUAAGGCCAUUUGCCAAUGUCCCCCGGGUUUUAAAGCCAAUCCACUGCCAGAUGUCGAAUGUAUUGCUGUCGAGAGUUGUUCCCCAAAUCCGUGCCAUCCAUCUGCAAUUUGCAUUGCCGGUGCUUCCAGUAGUCCCGUUUGUCAAUGUCCACCUAAUCAUGUCGGUGAUCCCUAUAGUUCCGGCUGUCAAGAAGAGGGUCAAUGUAAAAGUAAUAAAGAAUGUCCGGUUCAUUCGAUUUGUCAAAAUCAUCGUUGCAUUAAUCCUUGCGAGAACGCUUGCGGUUCCAAUACACUUUGUGAGAUCGUUAACGGAGAGCCAAUUUGCCGAUGCAUUCACAAAUUUAUACCUUCAACUAAAGGUAUACAAGAUGGUUGUGUUCGAGAUUCAAAUUAUUGCACAAUCGAUGCUGAAUGUGAAGACAGAAUUUGUCUCGAAGGACAAUGUAGAGCCGUUUGUCGUACAUCUGAUGACUGUGCGAAUGGUGAAAAAUGUAUCAAUAAUAAAUGCGCCAUUUCUUGUGUUUCGCACAGUCAAUGUCAAACCGACUCAGCAUGCGUCAAUAGCGUCUGUAUGUUGGGUUGUCGUAGUAGCAGAAAUUGUCAAUUGGAUCAAUCUUGCAUCAAUCACAAAUGUCAAGAUCCAUGUAAACGGGAGAAUGUAUGUGGUCCAAAUGCGGUUUGUAGUUGUCAAGAUCAUCGAACAAUUUGUGAAUGUCCGGAAGGUUUCCAGGGUAAUCCCACACCACAACAGGGAUGUGUUCGAUUUCCAAGUCCAUGUGGUCUAUCAGGAAUUUGUCCGAAUCAACACUUGUGCAUUUCUGGUUUGUGUCAAUCUCAGUGCAAAGAUCAAAGCAAUUGUGCCCAGGGUGAACGUUGUAAGAAUGGAUUGUGCUACAAGAUGUGUUACGGAGACAGCAAUUGUUUACCUGGUGAAUUGUGCAUUGAAGGUAGUUGUGAAAUUGGUUGCACAUCUGAUGCUGGAUGCAGUUCAGAUCAAAUUUGCAUUAAUCACAAGUGUAGAUGCGGUCAGGGUUUCAUUGCCAGUCCAGAUAAAUGUCUCGACAUCAACGAAUGCGAUGAUCAUCCUUGUCAUCCCACUGCGGAAUGUAUCAAUCUUCAAGGAUCGUAUAAAUGUUCAUGUCCCGCGGGAACGGCUGGCGAUGCAGUUGUUUUGGGCUGUUUGUUACCUCAUCGUUGCAAUUCUGAUAGUAAUUGUCCUGAUUCUUUAUCGUGUGUGCAACACAAUUGCACUGAUCCAUGCUCUCGAGUUGAUUGUGGACCGAACACGAUUUGCUCUGUGUUUGAUCAUGCCGCUGCCUGUCAGUGUCAAGCUGGAUACAUUGGCGAUGCUUCUGGAUGCUUUAAGGUCGAAUGUCUUUCAAACAAUGACUGUCCAGUGGAUAAAUUCUGCAAUCAAGAUGUCAACAAAUGCACAAGUCCUUGUAAUCAAAUUAAUUGUGGGUAUGGUAAUUGUGUGGCAAUCAAUCAUGAGGGUAACUGCAAAUGCUACCCAGGCUUUUCUCUCCUUGGUGAUAGCUGUGUCGAUGUCGACGAAUGCCUACAAAAUCCAUGUCACAACACAGCAAUUUGCCAAAAUACAGACGGUUCUUUUACUUGCACUUGUCCUCACGGUUUAGUUGGUGAUCCUUUUAAAACUGGAUGUAAACAACCAGGUGAUUGUUUCACCCACACCGAUUGUCCAAAUUCUGCAGCUUGCAUUGAUAACACUUGUCGUGAUCCAUGCAGCGCUUCUUCUGUCUGCGGUAAAAAUGCCCAAUGCCUCGUCAAAGAUCAUGUACCACAUUGUAAAUGUCCUGGCCAAACAAGAGGAGAUCCAUUGGUGGAAUGUAUCCAUUUGGAAUGUAAUUACCACAGUGAUUGUGGUCCAUCCAGAUCGUGCUUUGAUCACAAGUGUGUAGAUCCUUGUUCAGUUCCCAAUGUCUGUGGUCCAGGAGCAGAUUGUUCUCCUCUGAAUCACAGCGCAGUUUGCACUUGUCAACCCGGUCACACUGGAGAUCCUAACCUUGGUUGUACACCUGUUCAGUACUGUAAAGCUGAUCAUCAAUGUCCAACAGGGUCAUCCUGCAACGGUGGAAUCUGUACAUCAUUAUGUUCCAGCACGCGUGAUUGCAUUGGUGAUCAGUUAUGUAUCAAUGGCCUUUGUCAACCAACAUGUAGACACAAUGCCACAUGUCCUGAUUAUCAAUACUGUCUGAACAGCAUCUGUGUACAGGAAUUGAAAUGCAUUACUAACGAUGAUUGCGACUAUAACGAGAAGUGUGUUAAGAACAACAUUGGACAAGCUGAAUGUCAGAUAGCCUGCAAUCUUGCUUUCUGUGGACGUAAUGCAAUCUGUGAUGCUGAUAAUCACAAGGCCAAGUGUACUUGUCAACCAGGAUUCUUUGGUGAUCCAAAUGACGAUAAGAUCGGUUGUCAACCAAUUGAAUGCGAAACAAAAGAGGAGUGUUCCGAGGAGAAGAUUUGCGAGGAUCACAAGUGUAGAAUCGCUUGUUUGGCUCAUAAUCCUUGUGGAGUUAAUGCACUUUGUUCAACGGAACGACAUCUUCAGAUAUGCACAUGUCAACCUGGUUAUACUGGAGAUCCAUCUCUUGGAUGCGAAUUGAUCAACUUCUGUGCUGAUAUACCUUGCGCACCUGGUGCUGUUUGUGAAAACUCAAAAGGAUCAUACAAGUGUUAUUGUCAACCUGGAACAGUUGGUGAUCCAUACAAUAGUGGCUGUCAACAACCAGUCGAAUGUCUACACAAUGAAGAUUGUCCAGAUACUGCUAAUUGCGUCAAUAUCAACAACGUUCCCAAGUGUCAUGAUGUAUGCGCUCGCAUUCAGUGUGGUCCAAAUGCAGAUUGUUCUGCUUUACAUCAUAUUGGUUCUUGCAAAUGUCAACCUGGUUAUGAAGGUGACGCUAAUGAAUUAAGUAUCGGAUGUCGUCCAACGCCAGUCGUCUGUUCGUCUUCUGCAGAAUGCAGCUUCAAUACCUACUGUUAUGAAAGCAUCUGCCGACCAUCUUGCCAAUCUGAUAAUGAAUGUACCUUGUCUGACGUCUGCAUCAACGGUCAAUGCUUGGACCCAUGUCAAAUACGAGCAGCUUGUGGUAUUAAUGCUGAAUGUACUGUUCGAAAUCAUUUGAAACACUGCGGUUGCCCGCCAGGAUUCACAGGAAAUUCCGAAGUAGAAUGCGUGAGACUGCCAGUGUCUUGCACGAAUACCAUCGAUUGCAACGUGGGAAAUACUUGUCGAGACAAUGUUUGUCUGCCUGUUUGUCAAGUGGACAAUGAAUGUGCCUUUAAUGAGAAAUGCGUGAGAGGAAAUUGUCUUCUAACAUGUAGAUUGGACAAUGAUUGCUUCUUGGGACAUAUUUGUCUAAACAAUAUGUGCACUUUUGGAUGUCGAGCGGACGAAGAUUGUAAUGCAAACGAGGCUUGUCUUGGAAAUAAAUGCGCCAAUCCUUGUGAGAUCACACCUUGUGGUCCUAAUGCAAAAUGCACGGUUAUAAAUCAACGAGCCUCAUGCUCAUGUUCCACGGGUUUUAUUCCAAAUCCAACAGCAAAAGUUGCGUGUCUCCGUUCACCAGGUCCAUCGUGUCAAGCAAAUAGAGAUUGUUUGGCAGGAACGGCUUGCAUUUCUGGUACUUGCACGCCAGUUUGUUCAUCGAAUGCAAAUUGUUUGAGUAAUGAACGUUGUGAUUCAACUGGAGUCUGUAGAGGCCUCUGCAGAAGGGACGAAGACUGCCAGAGUGGUGAGAUCUGCGAAGGAUUAAUCUGUUUGGGUGGAUGUCGAGCCGACAUUGAAUGCCAGGAAAAUCUCGCAUGCAUUAACAACCAGUGCAUAGACCCAUGCAGUUUGUCAAAUGCCUGUGGUAUUAAUGCUCAUUGUUCGGUUGUCAAUCAUUGGAAACGGUGCAGCUGUCCAGAAUCAUUAAUAGGAGAUCCACUUAUUAGCUGCAGACAAUCUUUCCUACCCUGUUCAGAUCUGUCUGAUUGUUCGCCUGGUCAAGCUUGCUACGUGAAAUCCUGUUACUCAACUUGUCGAAGUGAUGUGAAUUGUUUAAAUGAUGAACGAUGUGACGGAGGACUUUGCAAGACAAUAUGCAACACAGACGAUCAAUGUUCGUCCAAUCAAGUAUGCGAAAAUCGUUUGUGUGACAUUGGAUGCCGCAGUGACAACGCUUGUCCUUCCGAUGAAUCCUGUAUUGAAAAUAGAUGUAGAAAUCCAUGUGAAGGAGGUAAAUCAUGUGGAGAAUGUGCUGGCUGUCGUGUGGUAAAUCAUGUUGCCCAAUGUAGUUGUCCUCCAAAUUAUUAUGGCGACGCACGCAUUAGUUGUAUGAAAUCGAUGAUUCCAUGCGAUGGUUCAUGUGAGUGCGACGAAACAGGAUUUUGUGUUAAAAGCUGUCGAUCUCAAAAUCAAUGUUCCUGUGGUGAAGUUUGCAAUGCUGGAAAAUGUAGAGUAAACUGUGAUCAUAACAACGAAUGUGCAAAAGGCUACAUGUGCGAAAAUGGAUUAUGUCUCUUUGGUUGUCGAAGUCAUUCAGAUUGUCCAGACUUAUUAUCUUGCAUGAAUGGACAGUGUGCAGAUCCAUGUUCCUCGGGAUCGAAACCAUGUGGUCUCAAUGCACUUUGCAGAGUCUCUAAUCAUCGAGCAGUUUGCUUAUGUCCAGAAGGAUAUCAAGGAGAGCCAAGUCAGGAAUGUUAUCAAUUGGAAUGUCAUCAUCACGAGGAUUGUGAACCAAAUAAACACUGCAGUGAAUUUGGAGUAUGUACAGAUCCCUGCAUGCAAAAUGGUGUUUGCGGCUUUAAUGCUCAAUGUCGUGUCGCAAACAGACAAGCUCAGUGUUCAUGUCCACCAGGUCAUAUAGGAAAUCCUAAAGUUUCAUGCAAACAAGGAAAUGAAGAAUGUCUUCGAAACCCUUGCGGUUCGAAUGCAGAUUGCCGAGAGACUUCCAGCGGGUAUGAGUGUACUUGUAAAUCCAGCUGUUACGGUGAUCCCUAUUUGGGUUGUCAGUGUGAUGGCAUACGUCCAGACUGUCGAACAGUGGGUUGCGGUAAGAAUGCAGAAUGUAUCAGGGACAGAUCAGAGUUCGUUUGCAGAUGUAUUCCAGGUACAACUGGAUCACCGGAUAUCGAAUGUGCAACAGAGCAAGAGUGCACCAGUGAUUCAGAAUGUCCCAACGACAAAGCCUGCAUAAAUCUCCAGUGUUUGGAUCCUUGUACGUUACGUGGAGCUUGUGGGAUCAACGCACUGUGCCGAGUUGUGGUGCACAAGCCACGUUGCUCCUGCCCUCAAUGUUACAUCGGCAUGCCACGUGCUGUCUGUCGACCGGAUCCAAAAUGUGAUCUCGCAAAUCCAUCACGACCCUCACCGUCAAACAACGAUUGCUCCUCCGAUAGUGAAUGUCCAGAGAGUCUUUCGUGUCACGCACAAACGAGAGAAUGUCGAGAUCCAUGCUCGAGCUCAAAGCCAAGAUGUGAAGUUAACAAAAAAUGUCAAGUGCGAAAUCACAAACCAGUCUGCGUUUGUAAAUAUGGAUUUGUUGUUAACGAAAUGGGAGAAUUGACCUGUGCGCCUGACACUGUGGCUUGCUCAAAGGAUUCUGAUUGUCCAUCAAACGUCGCUUGCCUCAAUGGAAAAUGUCAAAAUCCAUGUAACAUGAGAAAGAAACCGCCAUGUCCAAAUGAUAAGGCGUGCGAGGUUCUCGAUCAUCGUCCCGUUUGUAUUUGUAUAAAAAAUUGUAAUCCAUCCCUCUCAAUUUGCCUACGAGACAGUGGCUGCUCACCAGAUUUGGCCUGUCGCAAAUAUCGCUGCGUGGAUCCAUGCGCCAACUCCACAUGUCCAGCUGAUGCUCCAUGUUACGUCGAGGAACACAAACCCAUCUGCAAGUUCUGUCCCCCCGGCUUUGUGCCAGACACUAAGUACGGAUGCAUGAAAGAUGUUAAAUGUUCAUCAAAUGCCGAUUGUCCAUCUGAAUUGGCUUGCGUUAAUCAACAAUGCUUGAAUCCAUGUACGUAUCGGAAUCCAUGUGAAGUUGCUAAAGAGUGCACUGUUGAAGAUCAUAGAGCAUUCUGCAUUGCAGGUCUAAAGAACGUUUGUCCUCUCUGUGAACCAGGCGAAGAAUGUGAUCCAGUGACAAAUCAAUGUGUCAAAGUGGGUUGCACUAGCAACAGGGAUUGCCCCCUGACAGAAACCUGCGUUGGCCGAAUUUGCCAGGAACCAUGUCGAAUUAGAAAUCCAUGUGCUGCUCAUGCCGUUUGUAUCAACUCUAAUCAUGGAACAGAUUGUCUUUGUGAACAAGGUUAUCAAGGAAAUGGAUUUUCGGCAUGUGCCUUAGUUGAAGUUGAUAGAGAUGUUUGUCAAUAUAACGAAGAUUGUCCACCUCAUACAUACUGUGAUCGUCUUAAUAGACGUUGCAUUAAUCCAUGCUCCGAUGAUAUUUGCGGAGACAAUGCAGAAUGUUACACCGAAGAACAUGAGCCGAAAUGUAGAUGUCCACCUGGAUUUGAAGGAAAUCCUCAGAUUGGAUGCAAUGGCACAACAAAUGAUCCUUGCCUUCCAAAUCCAUGUGGAGUGAAUGCAGCCUGCGAAAAUGAUAAUGGAAAUCCAAUUUGUUUCUGUCCAAAGGGUCUGACUGGAAAUCCCUUCGAACAAUGCAUUCCAGAAGGUGAUCACUGUCAUGACAAUCCUUGUGGUAGCAAUUCCGGUUGUCGAAUGAUAAGAGGACAAGCAAAUUGUUUCUGUUUGCCAGGUUUCCAGGGAGAACCACCCUCCACACCUUGUGCACCUUACAACAAUCCUUGUGAUUCAUCUCCUUGUGGUCCAAAUACACAAUGUUCAAUUCUACCAAAUGGAAUCUUUAAAUGCACUUGUCUGCCUGGAUUUAUUGAAAGUCCAAACACAAUCAGAGGAUGCAUACAACAAGUUAAUCCAUGUGAGCCUAAUUUCUGUGGACACAAUGCUCUCUGCGAUCCCAGAAGAGUUCCAUCUUGCUAUUGUCCUGAAAGCACAACUGGAAAUCCUUACAAGAGCUGUACAGAAAUAAUCAUCAGACCCUUGUGUCAACCGGGACCCUGUGGAGCUAAUGCCGAUUGCUACAUCACUGCGAAUCAAGAGCACUGCUACUGUCGAUAUGGAUUCUAUGGUGAUCCUUAUCUCGGUUGUCAUCCACCACCAAUUAGUGCUUGUCAACCAAGUCCCUGUGGACCGAACGCAAUUUGCAAGACGACGAUAGAAAAUAAACCAAUCUGCGAAUGUCUACCGGGAACAACUGGCGAUCCAAUGAGUCAUUUGGGAUGUGACAGACCGGAAUGUACGCAGGACGUUGAUUGCGAUGAAAGUCAAGCUUGUAUUGGUUACAGAUGUCAAAAUCCUUGUAUGGGAGGCUGUGGUAUUAAUGCAGAGUGUCACGUCGAAGUACAUCAUCCAGUGUGUCGCUGUAGAGAAGGAUUCAUUGGAAAUCCAUUGAUUAGAUGCUCUCCUCAUAUUGUCACAACUCAAAAUCCCUGUGAACCCAAUCCUUGUGGUUUGAAUACUGUCUGUCAAGUGCUAAACAAUCGAGCAGUUUGCUCCUGUCUCACAGAUUUCUUGGGAGAUCCACAAACAGGAUGUCAACCAGAGUGUACCAUCAAUUCGGAUUGUUCAAAUGAUAAGGCUUGCAUUAAUAUGAAAUGUGUCAAUCCCUGUACACUUGGAACAAUUUGCGGUUCAAAUGCAGAAUGUUCUUGUUCGUAUCAUACUCCAAGUUGUAGUUGCAGACCUCACUUUGUUGGCAAUGCUUUCAUUCAUUGUUAUCCGGAAACUCCAAUUACAACCGAUAAUCAACGUAACGUUACACUGCCAUGUAAACCAUCUCCGUGCGGCGAGUACAAUGUUUGUGAUCCUUACAUAAAUCAAGUUGCCAUGUGUGGUGGUUGUGCCGCCCCUGAAAAUCAAGAUAGCAUCUUCUGCAAACCAGAGUGCUUAAGCGAUAGCGAUUGUGCCUUAGAUAAAGCUUGUAUAGGUUGGAGAUGCUCGGAUCCUUGUUUAGGUUCUUGUGGUAUUAAUGCAAAUUGUGAGGUCAUCUAUCACUCUCCAGUUUGUAGCUGUCCCACCGGUCUUUUUGGAAAUCCAUAUCAAAGUUGUGCUCCAGCACCAAUAGAACCUCCAGAUUCGUGCAGCCUAACACAAUGCGGAGCCAAUGCAUAUUGCGAAGAGAAAUAUGGCGUUACAGUUUGCAAAUGUUUACCGAAUUUCACAGGAAAUCCCUUGAUAGCUUGCCAUCUUGAAUGUGUUCAAAAUUCUGAUUGUCAUGUGACGCAAGCCUGUUCUAAUCAUAAAUGUGUGAAUCCUUGCGAUAGAGCUUGUGGAAAUGGAGCUGCAUGCGAUGUGGUUAAUCAUAAUCCAAUUUGUUAUUGCACAAAUGGAAUGACGGGAGAUCCAUUUUCCUAUUGUUCAGAGCCUAAAGAUGUAUUUCCAGUUUCACCAUGCAAUCCAUCACCAUGCGGACCAAAUAGUAGAUGCAUUGUUUCUCCCCAAGGAUAUUCCACAUGCUCUUGCAUUCCAGGCUUUAGAGGAUCUCCUCCUCUCUGUUCACCCGAGUGUAUUGUGUCCUCUGAUUGUUUGCACAUACAGGCCUGUAUAAACAACAAAUGCGUCAAUCCAUGUACAGGACGAUGUGGACACGGUGCUUUGUGUUCGGUGAUUCAUCAUAAUCCCGUGUGCAGUUGUCCUGGUGGUUAUGAAGGUGAUCCUUUCGUUCAAUGCGUCAAAGAAACUGAUGAUUUGCCACCAUCUUCUUGUAAUCCAUCGCCAUGUGGAUCCAACUCUGUGUGUCAGAUAAAAAUGGGACGACCUGUUUGUUCCUGUCAAAGUAAUUUUGUAGGAACGCCACCGAAUUGCAGACCAGAGUGCCUCAUUAAUCAACAGUGUUCAAUUGAUCAAGUUUGUGUUUCAAAUAAAUGUGUUCAUCCCUGUCCCAGCAGUUGUGGUGACAAUUCAGAGUGUACGGUUAUCAAUCACACACCUCAGUGUUAUUGCAAGGAAGGUUUUGAGGGAGAUGCCUUCAUAGGCUGUACACUAGCGAGAACCCCAGUGCCAUUAGAUCCAUGUGAUCCAUCACCUUGUGGAAACAACGCACUCUGCACUAUUCAUGAUGGAUCUGCAAGAUGCUCGUGCAUUCCACCCUAUGUAGGAAAUGCAUAUAUCGAUUGUAAACCCGAAUGUCUCCUCAGUUCUGAGUGUUCUAGUGACUUGGCUUGUUUGAAUCAACACUGCAGAAAUCCUUGCCUAGGUGUUUGUGGAGCUAAUGCUCAAUGCGAGGUUAUCAAUCAUGUUCCAACAUGUACCUGUCUUCAAGGAUACACUGGAGAUCCAUUUGAAGUUUGUCAAGUUGAUGUUGGACCACGGGAAAAUCCAUGCUCUCCGUCUCAUUGUGGACCCUACAGUGUAUGUCGAGUGAUGAAUGACCGAGCCGUAUGUUCCUGCAGUCCAGGAUUUUAUGGUUCUCCACCGAUGUGUCGACCUGAAUGUGCCGUGAAUUCCGAGUGUCCUCAGCAUUUAGCUUGUAUAGAUCAGAAAUGUAAAAAUCCAUGUGAAAACGCAUGCGGCUUGCGAGCACAGUGUCAUGUCAACAACCAUAAUCCAUUGUGUAGUUGUCCAUCUGGUUUCACUGGCUAUCCACUUGUGGAAUGCACUGAAAGAGAUUCGCCCACUGAUGGUCCUACUCCAUGUUUGCCCUCACCUUGUGGACCCAAUGCAGAAUGUCGUGUUAAUGAAAAUAGACCCGUAUGCUCCUGUAUCACUGGAAUGUUUGGUGCACCGCCAAAUUGCAGACCCGAGUGCAUCAUCAAUCAGGACUGUCCCAAUCAUCUUGCUUGCAUACAAUCCAAAUGCUCUGAUCCAUGCAUUGGUUCGUGUGGUUACAAUGCCAGAUGCAGUGCUCAAAAUCAUCGUCCAGUUUGUGAGUGUUAUGAAGGUUACGAGGGAAACGCUCGCUUUGGAUGCAAUCGCGCAGUAACUUCUCCAACGGAACCGCAAAGUACACCAUGCAGUCCUUCUCCUUGUGGAUCAAAUGCCGUCUGUAACGAACGUAACGGUGCAGCCUCCUGCAUUUGUUUACCAGACUACAUUGGAGAUCCAUAUAAAGGAUGUAAACCAGAAUGUGUACAAAAUAACGACUGUCCUCACACAUUAGCCUGCAUUGUAAAUAAAUGUAAAGAUCCAUGUACCGGAGUUUGUGGCCUGAAUGCCCAAUGUCAAGUCUUCAAUCAUCAACCAACUUGCACUUGUUUAUCUGGUUUUACGGGAAAUCCUCAAGUUUCGUGUCACGUACCACCACCAGUUCAUCCACCAUAUGUGGAUCCUUGUCAACCAUCUCCUUGUGGAGAUUACAGCAAGUGUCAAGUUAUUGACGGUCAUCCUGUUUGUUCUUGUCAACAAAAUUACAUUGGAACACCACCAAAUUGUAGACCCGAAUGUCUCGUUAGUACUGACUGUGCUAACAAUAAAGCUUGUAUUUCACAACUCUGCCGCGAUCCAUGUUUUGAAACUUGUGGUCUAAAUACCGAUUGUAAUGUUGUUAAUCACAGUCCUGUUUGUUCUUGUAAAUCCGGAUACACCGGAGAUCCAUUCUAUGGUUGUACAAGGGAAGAAACACCAACUGCACCUCCAGUAAUCGAUCGUGGUAAUCCAUGUAUUCCAUCUCCCUGUGGUUCGUAUUCACAAUGUCGUAAUAUCGAUGGAUUCCCAGCUUGCUCGUGCAUGCCAAACUACAUUGGAAAACCUCCAAAUUGCCGACCUGAAUGUAUUAUCAACGAGGAAUGUUCUGGAAAUCUCGCUUGUCAAAAUGAACAAUGCAUCGAUCCUUGUCCAGGAUCUUGUGGCGUUAACACUUUCUGCAACGUCAUUAAACACAAUCCUCUUUGUACUUGUAAUUCUGGAUUUACCGGAAAUCCGUUCUUUGAAUGUACACCUAUUAUGGAAGUUCCAAGUACAACAGAACAACCUAGAACACCUUGCAGUCCAUCGCCAUGCGGUGCAAAUGCAGUCUGCAAUGAACGAAAUGGAGCAGGAUCGUGUACCUGUAUGCCCGAAUACUUUGGAGAUCCUUAUACAGGUUGCAGGCCAGAAUGUGUUACGAAUUCCAACUGUGAUCGUAGUAAGGCUUGCGUGAACAACAAAUGCAUCGAUCCAUGCGUUAAUGCUUGUGGAGAAAAUGCCUUCUGCCGUGUUACGAAACACGCACCCUCCUGCUCUUGUCUUCCGGGCUACACAGGAAAUGCAUUGAGUAGCUGUGUAUUGAUUGAAAUAGAAGAACCGAAAACACCAACAGAUCCAUGCGAAGCUUUACCUUGUGGACCAUUCAGCAAUUGUCGAACACUCAAUGGUCAUGCAGUUUGCUCCUGUCAACUGGGAUACAUAGGUGCACCACCUUCAUGUCGUCCCGAAUGUACAGGCAGCUCGGAAUGUUCACAGAACAAAGCGUGCAUCAAUAACAAGUGUGCUGAUCCCUGUCCAGGAUCUUGUGGACAAAAUACAAAAUGUUUGGUCGUCAGUCACAAUCCAAUUUGUAGUUGCGCGAACGGAUAUACAGGAAAUCCUUUCAUCAAAUGCGAGAAGGAAGUUGUUACUCCCAGUCCUCCGACUCCACGAGAAAAUCCUUGUACAUCGAACAUUUGUGGACCAAAUUCUCAGUGUCGAGAAAUUAACGGACAGGCCGCGUGUUCAUGUUUGACUAAUUUUAUCGGCAGACCUCCAAAUUGCCGACCUGAGUGUUCCGAUAAUUCGGAAUGUCCUCCAUCGUCAGCUUGUAUAAAUGAAAAAUGUAAAAAUCCCUGUCCCGGUGCCUGUGGAGAGAUGGCAAGAUGUUCAGUACUCAAUCACUUACCCAUUUGUUCCUGUCCAGAGGGUUACGAAGGUGAUGCAACCAUUCGAUGCUCAAUUCCCCUACCUCCUUCAACGGAACGUCCAAAUCCCUGCGUACCAAAUCCUUGUGGACCUAACGCACUCUGUCGGGAAAGAAGUAGAGCUGGAGCAUGUGUUUGUCCUCCAGAAUUUAUAGGCGAUCCUUACGAUCAACAGAGUGGUUGUCGCCGAGAAUGUGAAAUAAAUAGCGAUUGUCAAAUAAAUUUGGCUUGUGUUGGAUUUAAGUGUAUCGAUCCUUGUCCUGGCGCUUGUGGCACCUUAUCUUUAUGCAAUGUACGAGACCAUCUUCCCGUAUGUUCUUGUCCACCUGGUCACAUUGGAGAUCCAAACUUUGCUUGUGAGCAAGGAAGAGUUGAAUUCCCAAUAAACCCUUGCUUCCCAUCGCCUUGUGGUCCGAACAGCAAAUGUCGAGAAAUCAAUGAACAACCUGUUUGCACAUGUUUACCAAACUUUAUCGGUUCACCGCCAAAUUGUAAACCAGAAUGCGUUGCUAAUGGAGAAUGUCCAGUUCAUCUUGCGUGUGUCAACAAAAAAUGCGCCGAUCCAUGUCCAAAUACUUGUGGCUUAAGAGCAAAUUGUGAUACGAAAAAUCAUAUUCCCAUUUGUACGUGCCCUUCGGGAUUAACGGGAGAUCCAUUUAAAUUCUGUUUCCCGCUUGAAGAAGUUUCAACAACUGAAAAACCUCCAUCGUGCACUCCAUCGCCGUGUGGUCCUAAUGCACAGUGUCAAGUUAUUUCUGGAAUUCCCGCAUGUUCCUGCUUGCCCAAUUACAUUGGCACACCGCCAAACUGUCGACCUGAAUGCGUCUUGAGUUCGGAAUGUCCGAGACAAUUGGCUUGUAUCAAUGAAAAAUGUAAAGAUCCUUGUGCUGGUUCUUGUGGCAUCAAUGCACAGUGCCAUGUUUUGAAUCAUAUUCCAGUUUGUACUUGUAUGGACGGUUAUAUGGGAGAUCCGUUCAAAGCCUGUUCAGCUAUACCAGCGACUACACCAGCAGUUAAAGACUUUAAUCCCUGCAAUCCUUCACCCUGUGGUACAAAUGCUAUUUGUCGCAAUGGAGAAUGUACAUGUGAGCCGGAAUAUUCUGGAAAUCCCUACGAGGGUUGUCGUCCAGAGUGCAUACUCAGUACGGAAUGUCCUCGCGAUAAAGCAUGUUUGAAAUUCAAGUGUCGGGAUCCAUGUCCUGGAGUUUGUGGCCAAUUUGCUCGUUGCGAUGUUAUCAAUCAUAUUCCCGUUUGUUUGUGCCUCGACGAAUACAUCGGUGAUCCUUUCGUAAGCUGUCGACCAAAACCCAAAGAACCGAUCAGAGAAGAUCCUUGCUCACCAUCGCCUUGUGGUCCAAACAGCGAUUGUCGCAAUAUUGCCAAUAAUCCAGUGUGCUCCUGCCUUCAGGGUUAUUUAGGAACGCCACCAUCUUGUAGACCUGAAUGUAUAGUGAGUCCAGAAUGUCCACCUACGAGAGCAUGUGUAAACAAAAAAUGCACAGAUCCAUGUUUGGGAGCUUGCGGAAUAAAUGCCCGAUGUGAAGUAAUAAAUCAUUCGCCAAUUUGUGGUUGUCUUCCUGGACAGUCGGGAGAUCCAUUCAGAAGUUGCCAGGAAAUCGAAGAACCACCAGAUGUAAAUCCAGAUCCCUGUAAUCCAUCAACUUGUGGACCAAAUUCCCUUUGCCGAAAUGUGAACAACAAUCGUGAAUGUGCAUGUCUUCCAUCAUACAUUGGAACUCCGCCAAACUGUAGGCCAGAGUGUGUUAUAAAUCCAGAUUGUCCAUCAACAAUGUCUUGUAUUAAUUCAAAAUGCCAAGAUCCUUGUCCUGGAUCGUGUGGAGAGAAUGCUGAAUGUAGAGUUAUCAAUAAUGCAGUUAGUUGCUCCUGCUCACCUGGCUUUACAGGCAAUCCAUUUGUUCAGUGCAUACGACAAACAAUAGAUCUCAAUCCAUGCGAACCAUCGCCAUGUGGAACAAAUGCCGUGUGUCAAAGACGCGAUAAUGUCGGUGCAUGCACUUGCAUUGAAGAUUAUCACGGUAAUCCAUACGAGGGUUGUCAACCGGAGUGCAUUCUCAGUGCUGAUUGUCCAACAAAUAAAGCGUGCAUUCGCAAUAAAUGUGCUGAUCCUUGUCUUGGAAUUUGCGGAACUGAUGCUCUUUGCUCCGUUGUCAAUCACAUUCCAACCUGUACUUGUUUACCCGGCUUCGUUGGGGAUCCAUUCAUCACAUGCUCACGACAAAUAGAUUAUCCUCCAGACGUAACACCUUGUGCUCCUUCACCUUGUGGACCUAAUGGUAUUUGUCGAACAAUUAAUGGACAAGCUGUGUGUACUUGUGAGGAUUCUUACAUCGGCACGCCACCAAAUUGCCGACCUGAAUGUGUAGUCAAUUCAGAAUGUCCUCAAACUCGAGCAUGCUACAAAUUUAAAUGCACAGAUCCUUGUCCUGGAACAUGUGGUCUUGGAGCCCAUUGUCGAGUUAUCAAUCACAAUCCACUGUGUAAUUGUCCUACAGAUAUGACGGGAGAUCCAUUCAUAAGAUGUUAUCCCGAAACUCGCGAAGUACCUCCUUCGAUAGAUCACAUUAUAAAUCCCUGUUUACCAAGUCCUUGUGGACUCUAUUCGGAGUGUCGGCAAAAUGGACAACAGGCUGUAUGUUCUUGUUUACGAGAAUAUAUAGGAUCACCACCAAAUUGUCGUCCAGAAUGUUCAGUCAACACCGAUUGUCCAUCAAAUCAAGCUUGUAUUUCUGAAAAAUGCCGAGAUCCUUGUAAUGGAUCAUGUGGUCAAAACACCGAUUGUCGUGUACAAAAUCACAUUCCAACUUGUCUCUGUCAGGCUGAUUAUACUGGAGAUCCUUUCAGUCUUUGUACCCCAAUAAUUAGAGAACCACCACCGCCUCCAAAUCCUUGUAGUCCAUCUCCCUGUGGAGCAAAUGCUAAUUGCGAUAAUGGAAUUUGCACCUGUUUGCCUAAUUACUUUGGUGAUGCCUAUUCCAACUGUAGACCAGAAUGCACAUUAAAUACGGAUUGUCCACGAAUGAAGUCAUGUAUUAAUCAAAGAUGUGUAAAUCCAUGCGUCAACACUUGUGGAUCUGGUGCUGAAUGUGAUGUCGUCAAUCAUAUUCCAACGUGCAGUUGUCCUUCAGGAACAACUGGAAAUCCCUUCACUGGUUGUCGAAAAAUUGCAACACCAGAUUUCAUAAACCCAUGUACGCCAUCGCCUUGCGGACCAAAUAGCAAUUGUAUUGUAGUCAGCGAACAUCCAGUUUGUUCUUGCCUAGCGAACUUUAUCGGCAGUCCACCAAAUUGCAGACCCGAGUGUGUUGUCAGCGCUGAAUGUCCUCUGACACAAGCUUGUCUAGCGAACAAAUGUCAAGAUCCCUGUCCUGGAACUUGUGGUCAAAAUUCAAAAUGUAUGACUGUUCAACACAAUCCAAUUUGCUCUUGUGCUACCGGCUUCACUGGCGAUCCAUUUAUUAGAUGUUAUCCAGACGAGAAACUUCCCCCUGAACCUAGUGUUGAGCCAUGUAAACCAUCACCUUGUGGUCCCAAUGCCGAGUGUCAUGUUCGCGGAGAAAGACCAGCAUGUUCCUGCCUGCCAAAUUACAUUGGACUCCCACCAAAUUGUCGACCCGAGUGCACAAUAAAUCCUGAAUGUCCAUCACAUCUCGCGUGUCUUCAACAGAAAUGCAGUGAUCCAUGUGUGGGACGCUGCGGUACUAAUUCUCAGUGUUACGUUGUCAAUCACAAUGCAGUCUGUACGUGCGAAGAAGGUUUCAGCGGCGAUCCUUACAGCAGCUGCCAACCUUCCAUCAAGGAAAUCUACCCUCCUGAGAUGUUGACCCCAUGUUCGCCAUCCCCCUGUGGUCCCAAUACCGUUUGCAAAGAACAAAAUGGAGUAGGUUCCUGUUCAUGUGUACCUGAUUAUAUUGGAGAUCCAUAUGAAGGAUGUCGCCCCGAAUGUACAGUUGAUUCGAACUGUAUGUCUAAUCUCGCCUGUAUCCGAUCAAAAUGCCAAAAUCCCUGUCCCGGAACCUGUGGUCAAGAUGCCCAAUGCCAAGUUGUUAAUCACUUGCCCAGAUGCUCGUGCAUCCCUGGAUUUACAGGAGACCCAUACCGAAUUUGCAUACCCCCGCCACCAACUCCUAUUGAAAACGAUGAUCCCUGUGAACCUACACCAUGUGGACCAAAUAGUCAAUGCCGAAUUGUUAAUAAACAGGCAGUGUGCAGUUGUCUUCCUACAUAUUUAGGAAGUCCACCUGGAUGUCGUCCCGAAUGUGUUAUCAGUUCCGAAUGUGCCACUAAUAGAGCUUGUAUAAAUCAAAAGUGCGCUGACCCAUGUAUUGGCCUUUGCGGUCUAAAUACAAUUUGCCGAGUUGUAAACCAUAGUCCCAUUUGUGCCUGCAAACCAGAUAACACAGGAGACCCUUUCACCAGAUGUUUCCCUAUACCAAAGCCCGUGAUAGACCCAACACAAAUAUUAAACCCAUGCGUACCUUCUCCAUGUGGAUUAAAUGCUCAAUGUCAAAAUAAUGGAGGUAUACCUUCCUGUUCAUGUUUGCCCAACUACUUUGGAAGCCCACCCAACUGCAGACCAGAGUGUACCAUAAACUCUGAUUGUCCAAGUGAUAGAGCAUGUAUUAUGCAAAAAUGCAGAGACCCAUGCUCAGGUUCAUGUGGCAUUGGUGCCAUUUGUAACAUUAAUAACCACACCCCGGCCUGUUCAUGUCCUCAGGGUUACACUGGAAAUCCAUUUAGCAAUUGUCAACCUCUGCCAACACAGCCACCAAGAAACGAAAUCACAACAGAUCCUUGUAAUCCAUCCCCCUGCGGAGCAAAUUCCCAGUGUAAUAAUGGAAUUUGCACAUGUUUACCCGAUUACAAAGGAGACCCGUACAGCAUGUGCCGACCAGAAUGUGUUCUCAACAUAGAUUGUAGUUUAAAUCUGUCAUGUAUUCGAAACAAGUGUACCGACCCAUGUCCUGGAAUGUGUGCCCAAAAUGCCCAAUGUACGGUUUAUAAUCAUAUAGCGAUGUGCAACUGCCCACCGGGAAUGACAGGAAAUGCAUUUGUCAUGUGCUCAAUAUUAAAAGAACCCAUUUCGACAAAUCCAUGCAAUCCAUCACCGUGUGGACCCAACAGUCAAUGUAGAGUCGUUAAUGAACAACCAGUUUGCUCCUGCGUGCCGGGUUUCCAAGGAAUUCCACCUACAUGUAGACCUGAAUGUACCCUUAGUUCUGACUGUCCACGUGACCUUGCAUGCAGCAAUCAAAAAUGUAUAAAUCCCUGUCCUGGAACUUGUGGAAUUAGAACACAAUGUCAAGUUAUCUCCCAUAAUCCAAUUUGCAGUUGCCUACCAGAAAACACCGGUGAUCCGUUUGUCCAAUGUUACCCAAUCCCCAAUGAUGAACCUCAAGAGACUGGAAAUCCGUGUAUGCCAUCACCUUGCGGUCAAAACUCCCAGUGUAGAGUUUCGAAUAAUGCGCCCUCGUGCUCUUGUCUACCAGAAUUUCUAGGUUCACCUCCAAAUUGUAGACCCGAGUGCACUAGCAAUAGUGAAUGUCCUAGUCAACAAGCGUGCACGAACCGUAAAUGUACCGAUCCUUGUAUUCAAUCGUGUGGUUCAAAUACAGAGUGUCGUGUUGUGAGUCAUACACCAAUGUGCGUUUGCAGAGCUGGAUAUACUGGUGAUCCAUUUACACAGUGUAUCCUUGAACAACCUGUCGUCGUUGAAAAUCGAACACCAUGUACACCAUCACCUUGUGGUUCGAAUGCUCAAUGUAGAGAACAAAAUGGUGCUGGUUCAUGCACUUGUUUACCAGAAUAUAUAGGAAAUCCCUAUGAAGGAUGUCGACCUGAAUGUACAGUUAAUUCAGAUUGUACACAAAAUUUAGCUUGUAUAAGAUCCAAAUGUCAGGAUCCAUGUCCUGGUACAUGUGGACUAAACGCUGAAUGUCAAGUAAUAAGUCACAUUCCCUCGUGCAAUUGUAUUUCUGGUUUUACUGGAGACCCAUUCCGACAAUGCAGUCCAUCAAAACAACCUGUCGUAGCUGACAAAGUAGAUCCAUGUUCUCGUUCUCCUUGUGGCCCUUACAGUCAAUGUCGAAAUGUAAACGAACAAAGCGUUUGCUCAUGUUUGCCAGGCUACUCUGGCAGUCCACCUGGAUGUCGACCUGAAUGUGUUGUAAGCACUGAAUGUUCUCUAGACAGAGCAUGUGUUAAUCAAAAAUGUAUAAAUCCAUGUCCAGCUUCCUGUGGUAUAGCGACAGACUGUAGGGUUUUAAAUCACAGUCCCAUGUGCACUUGUAAAGCCGGAUUUACGGGAGAUCCUCUCACAAUAUGUUUUGUUUUGCCAAAACCAAUAGCAGAUCCAAUUUCUCAAAAUCCAUGUUUACCCACGCCUUGUGGACCAUUUUCAGAAUGUCGCGAUGUGAAUAGUUUACCAGCUUGUACAUGUUUGCCUUCAUAUAUUGGAUCACCGCCUAAUUGUAGACCUGAGUGUUCUAUAAAUUCAGAUUGUCCAAGUAAUCAAGCUUGUUUAAAUCAGAAAUGUAGAGAUCCAUGCCCAGGUUUAUGUGGAGUAUCAGCGCAAUGCAUGGUUCUUAAUCAUGUACCAUCUUGCAUUUGUGUUGAAGGUUUUACUGGUGAUCCUUUCGUGAACUGUCUCCCAAUACCACCACCUUCAAAAGAACCCGUGAUAUCAGAUCCUUGUAAUCCAUCCCCUUGUGGAACAAACGCUCUAUGUAACGACGGUAUUUGUAGCUGUCAAACAGAUUAUACAGGAGAUCCUUACACUGGUUGUCGGCCAGAAUGUGUUCUAAAUACCGACUGUCCACAAAUCAGAGCAUGUCUUCGAAACAGAUGCGUAGAUCCGUGCCUUGGCACUUGUGGCAAAAAUGCCCUUUGUAACGUUUUUAAUCACGUUCCAAUGUGCACUUGUCCAUCUGGCAUGUCAGGAAAUGCUUUUCUAAUGUGUUCUCCUCAAAGAGAUCCAAUUCAAGCUGAUCCUUGUAAUCCAUCACCUUGUGGACCAAAUAGUCGAUGUCGACCAAUUAAUAAUCAAGCGGUUUGUACUUGUGUUACUGGUUACAUUGGAAGUCCUCCUUCCUGUAGACCAGAAUGUGUUGUUAGUUCAGAUUGUCCGAAAGAUCAAGCAUGCAGUAACCAAAGAUGCAUUAAUCCAUGCGAAGGAUCUUGUGGCUUACGUGCACAAUGCCAAGUUGUCAAUCAUAAUCCCAUCUGCAGUUGUCCUGAUGGACUAUCUGGUUCUCCGUUUUCUGUCUGUGAAGUGAUACCUGUAAGACCAAACAUAAAUCCAUGUCAACCUUCACCUUGUGGAGCUAAUUCCCAAUGUAAUGUUGUGAAUGACGCGCCAUCAUGUGCCUGUUUGGCAGGAUUUUUAGGAUCGCCACCAAAUUGUAGGCCAGAAUGUGUCAGUAAUAGUGAGUGUCCAAGUCAACAAGCAUGUAUCAAUCAAAAAUGCAGUGAUCCUUGUCCCGGAUCUUGUGGUACGAAUGCAGAAUGUAGAGUUGUCAGUCACUCUGUCAUGUGCAUGUGCCCUGCGUCAUACACUGGAGAUCCUUUUAUGCAAUGCACUUUCGAGCAACAAAUACCUGUUGAAAAUGUAUCCCCCUGCACACCAUCCCCUUGUGGUGCAAAUGCCGUUUGUAAAGAACAAGGAAAUGUAGGAUCCUGUUCAUGUCUAUCAGACUAUUUAGGAAAUCCUUAUGAAGGAUGUCGACCAGAGUGUACCAUAAGUUCCGAUUGUCCUUCAAAUUUGGCGUGCAUACGAUCAAAAUGUCGAAACCCAUGUCCUGGUACUUGUGCUCAAAAUGCUGAUUGUUACAUUGCCAAUCAUUUACCUCAGUGUGCAUGCCGAACCGGAUUUUCUGGAGAUCCAUUUCGUCUCUGUUCACCUGUUCCACAAUCUGUGAUAACAGAAGACCAAACAGAUCCUUGUAAUCCAACACCUUGUGGCGCUAAUAGUUUAUGUCGAAACAAUAACGGACAAGCAGUUUGUAGUUGCCAACCACAAUAUUCCGGAAGUCCACCAUCUUGCCGUCCUGAAUGUACAAUUAGUUCAGAAUGUCCAAUGGAUAGAGCUUGCAUAAAUUUAAAAUGUAACAAUCCAUGUACCAAUACUUGUGGAAGAAAUGCCGUUUGUACAAUAAGAAACCACAGUCCAAUUUGCUCUUGUGAAAAUGGAUUCACUGGAGAUCCAUUCAUUAGAUGUUUCCCUGUUCAAAAACCUGUCACACCGUCUGUUGUGCAAAACCCUUGUUUAUCAUCUCCCUGUGGACCAUUUUCGGAAUGCAGACCAAUCGGAGACAUACCAUCCUGCUCUUGUUUACAAUCUUACAUCGGAAGUCCUCCAAACUGUCGACCUGAGUGUUCUAUAAACUCUGAUUGUUUAAGUAAUCAAGCAUGUAUACGAGAAAAAUGUAGAGAUCCUUGUCCUGGUUCCUGUGGAAUCUUAGCUCAGUGUUUAGUAAAUAAUCAUGUGCCAAUUUGCACUUGUCUAGAAGGAUAUACUGGGGACCCAUUUACCAACUGUAUCUUGCAACCUGUUACACCCAUACAAGAAAGACCAGUGGAUCCAUGUAGUCAAUCGCCUUGUGGACCUAAUGCCAUUUGUGACAAUGAUACUUGUGCCUGUCAAGCAAAUUAUUUCGGAGAUCCGUUUUCUGGUUGUCGACCAGAGUGUGUCCUAAAUACCGACUGUCCGCAAAAUAGAGCAUGUCUUCGAAAUAGAUGCAUUGAUCCUUGUCCUGGAACUUGUAGUCAAAAUGCCUUAUGUAACGUUUAUAAUCAUAUUCCAAUGUGUACUUGUCCAACAGGCAUGGUAGGAAAUGCUUUUGUCUCCUGCUCACCAAUUAGAGAUCCCGUAGUUACCGUUCAACCAUGUAACCCUUCACCAUGUGGUCCUAAUAGUCAAUGUCGAGAAAUAAAUGGACAGGGUGUCUGUUCAUGUCUUUCUGGCUUUAUCGGUACUCCACCAACUUGUAGAGCAGAAUGCAUUGUCAGUACUGAUUGCCCUCCAAUGGAUGCUUGUAUUAAUCAAAAAUGUAGCAAUCCAUGUGUUGGAUCAUGCGGUAUUUCUGCAUUAUGCCAAGUGGUCAGUCAUAAUCCCAUCUGUAGUUGUCCUGAAAGAAUGACUGGCAAUCCAUUCAUCAGAUGCAUACCAAUGCCAAUUGAACAACCAGUUCAAGACCCAUGUCAACCAUCACCAUGUGGUCCAAAUUCACAAUGUCGAGUAAUUAAUAAUACACCGUCGUGCUCAUGUAUGCCAGAAUUUAUUGGCUCUCCACCAUAUUGCAAACCAGAAUGUAUCAGUAAUGACGAAUGUUUAAACAAACUUGCAUGCAUCAAUCAGAAAUGCAAAGAUCCCUGCAUUGGAACUUGUGGAGCUAAUGCUGUUUGUAACGUUAUCACACACACUCCAAUUUGUACCUGUGUUGCUGAAUUCACAGGAGAUCCAUUCACUCAAUGUAACGCUCAACAACAAAUACCAAUUUAUUUGUCGCAACCAUGUGUCCCAUCACCAUGUGGUAGUAAUGCCAUUUGUAAGGAAAGAAAUGGUGCAGGUUCUUGCUCUUGUUUACCAGAUUAUAUUGGAGAUCCAUAUGAAGGUUGUCGUCCCGAAUGUGUAUUAAGUACCGACUGCAUUCCAAGUAGAGCUUGUGUGAGAUCUAAAUGUCAAGACCCUUGCCCUGGUACUUGUGGACAAAAUUCUGUUUGUCAAGUUAUAAAUCACUCUCCAACAUGCACAUGUAAUCCUGGAUUUACAGGAGACCCAUUCCGUUAUUGUAUUGAAGAACGAGCGCCAGUAGUAGCAGCUGUUAAUCCCUGUCAGCCUUCACCAUGUGGACCAAAUAGUAUUUGUCGAGAAAAUUCUGGAAAUGCUGUAUGUUCAUGUCUUCCUAAAUUUAUUGGAACACCGCCUGGAUGUAGACCAGAGUGUGUAGUAAAUUCCGAAUGUUCUCUUUCGCAAGCGUGCAUCAAUCAAAAAUGCGUCAAUCCGUGUUCUGCCACUUGUGGCAUGAAUGCAGAUUGCAGAGUUAUAAAUCACAAUCCGAUAUGUGGAUGUAAAUCCGGUUUCACUGGAGAUCCAUUCACAUUUUGUUUUGCAAUACAAAGCCCAAUGGAUCCACAAAUUACGAAACCAACAAAUCCUUGUCUUCCAUCACCUUGUGGACCAAAUUCCCUUUGUCGUGAUACUGGAGGAAAUCCAUCAUGUUCAUGUGACAUCAAUUAUAUUGGUAUACCACCAAACUGCCGACCGGAAUGUACUAUAAACUCGGAAUGUCCAUUGAAUCAAGCUUGUAUCAGAGAAAAAUGCAGAGAUCCAUGCCCUGGAGCAUGUGGCGUCGAAGCCAGAUGUAGUGUAGUUAACCACGCUGCCAAUUGUGUAUGUCCUGAAGGAUAUACCGGCGAUGCAUUUACCAUGUGUCUUAUGAAUUCUGCAAUCAUUACUGAUACCUCUGUUAAUGACGCAUGCAAUCCUUCGCCGUGUGGACCAAACACUGUUUGUCGUGAUGGAAUUUGUUCUUGUUUAUUCGAAUUUAGAGGAGACCCUUACAGUGGAUGUCGUCCAGAAUGUGUUGCCAAUGACGAAUGUCCACUAAAUCAAGCUUGCAUUCGAAUGAAAUGUGCUGAUCCUUGUAUUGGAACUUGUGGACAAAAUGCACAAUGUUCAACAAUAAAUCAUUUGCCAAUAUGUACAUGUCCUUCCGGCACUGAAGGAAAUGCUUUUGUUCUUUGUUCCCAGCGACCAGCUGAUGUUUUAACGACACCGUGUUCCCCAUCACCUUGUGGUCCCAACAGUCACUGUCAAGCUAUUAAUGGCAUUUCUGUAUGUAAAUGCAUUGAAGGUUUCACAGGAAGUCCACCAUUGUGUCGCCCUGAAUGUGUCGUAUCUUCCGACUGUUCUACCGCGACUGCAUGUAUCAAUCAAAAAUGUGUAAAUCCUUGUUUAGGCUCAUGUGGCUUAAGUGCCGAAUGCACAGUAGUAAAUCACAAUCCAAUAUGUAGUUGUCGUCAAGGCUUAACCGGAAAUCCAUUCCAAGCUUGCAUAACACCAACAACCGACAUUACUGUUAGACCUAGUGAUCCAUGUAAUCCAUCGCCAUGUGGUUUACAAUCUCAAUGCCAAGUUAAAAACGGUUUACCAUCUUGCGCUAAUUUACCAAAUAUUGUAGACUCACCAGAAUGCGUUAGUAACAGUGAGUGUAGCUCUAGAGAAGCUUGUAUUAACAGAAAAUGCGCAGAUCCAUGUCCAGGUUCAUGUGGUUCAAACACAGAAUGUCGAGUUUUUAGUCAUACUCCAAUGUGCUUAUGUAAUACAGGAUUUACUGGAGAUCCUUUCACUCGAUGUACCCCUAUUAUAAAUCAAGAAUCUAAACCCUGUACACCAACACCAUGUGGUACAAAUGCCAUUUGUAGAGAAUCAGGAUUAGCUGGGUCUUGUUCUUGUUUGACAGAUUAUAUUGGAAAUCCUUAUGAAGGAUGCAGACCCGAAUGUGUAAUAGAUUCUGAUUGUUCGGCAAAUUUAGCUUGUACUAGAUCCAAGUGUCAAGAUCCGUGUCCUGGAACGUGUGGUCAGAAUGCUAUUUGUCAAGCCAUAAAUCAUUCUCCAGUUUGCACUUGUAUUCAAGGCUUUACGGGAGAUGCUUUACGAAUUUGUAUACCAAUGCCUGAUACUCCUGCUGAAAAUCCGACAAAUCUUUGUAAUCCUACCCCGUGUGGACCAUAUAGUGAAUGUAGAAUGAACAAUGGUCAAGCAGUUUGUUCUUGUCUACCCACCUAUACUGGUAGUCCACCAGCUUGUCGUCCAGAAUGUACUGUCAGUUCCGAUUGUCCAACAUCACGAGCUUGUGUAAAUCAAAAAUGUGUUAAUCCAUGUCCAGAACCUUGCGGAAUGAAUACAGACUGUCGAGUUAUUAAUCACAGUCCUGUUUGCUUCUGUAAGAGCGGAUUUACUGGAGAUCCAUUUUCGAGAUGUUUCUUGAAUAACGAAUCCACGCAACCGAUAUUAUCAAAUAAAGAUCCUUGCCUGCCAAAUCCAUGUGGUGCUAACGCCAUAUGUCGACAAGUUGGAGAAACAUCAGCGUGUUCUUGUUUACCAAACUAUUUUGGAAGUCCACCCAAUUGUCGUCCAGAGUGUACUAUAAAUUCUGACUGUCCCAGCAAUAGAGCUUGCAUGCAGGAACGUUGUAGGGAUCCUUGUCCAGGAUCUUGUGGAUUUGAAGCUGAAUGCUCCGUUUUAAAUCAUAUUCCAAUUUGUCGGUGUCGCGAUGGAUUUACUGGUGAUCCUUUUACUCAAUGCAAUUUAAUAACCCAACAACAACCUGUAAAUGAAGAAAAUCCCUGUAUUCCAUCUCCUUGUGGAGCAAAUGCAAAUUGUAACGAUGGUGUUUGCACCUGUUUAGUGAACUAUAUUGGAAAUCCUUACACAGGAUGUAGACCAGAAUGUGUCCUCAAUACAGAUUGUCCUCGAGACAGAGCUUGUGUGCGUAAUCAAUGUCAAGAUCCUUGUCCAGGAACUUGUGCCACAAAUGCAGUGUGUAACGUAAUCAAUUAUACACCAAUGUGUAGUUGUCCAACAGGAUUUGAAGGAAAUGCUUUUGUUAUGUGUAAUCCUGUACAAGUGCCUUCUGUGUCUCCAUGUGAAUCAUCACCUUGUGGUCCAAAUAGUUUGUGUCGAGAAAAUAAUGGUCAAGCAGUAUGUUCUUGUAUCUCAGGAUUUUUGGGAAGUCCACCAACAUGUCGACCCGAAUGUGCUUUAAAUUCAGAUUGUCCUCUAAAUCAAGCUUGUAUCAAUCAGAAAUGUCAGAAUCCAUGUACGGGAGCAUGUGGCUUGAGAGCAAAUUGUAGAGUUAUAAAUCAUAAUCCAGUGUGUCAAUGUCCAUCAGAAUUUAUAGGAGAUCCAUUCCUUCAAUGUAUACCAAAACCUCAAGAACCAGUGAAAAUUAAUCCAUGUCAACCAUCACCUUGUGGACCAAAUGCACAAUGCCAAGUCAUUAACGACUCGCCUUCAUGUUCUUGUUUACCAAACUUUGUAAAUUCUCCGCCAAAUUGUCGACCCGAAUGCAUUAGCAAUAGUGAAUGUCCAACGAGUCAAGCAUGUAUCAAUCAGAAGUGUAAAGACCCUUGUCCUAAUUCUUGUGGAAUUAAUGCACAAUGCAGAGCAGUGAGUCACACUCCAAUGUGUUUCUGUAGUGAUGGAUUCUCAGGAGAUCCAUUUACACAAUGUACACCUGAAUCCAUUCUUCCAAUAGAAGAUAAACCAACUCCCUGUACACCAUCACCUUGUGGUUCCAAUGCAAUGUGUACUGAAGAAAAUGGCGCAGGAGCUUGCUCUUGCUUGCCAAAUUAUUUCGGAAACCCUUAUGAAGGAUGUAGACCAGAAUGUGUGCUAAAUUCCGACUGUGCAUUAAACCGUGCUUGUAUCAAUUCUAAAUGCAUUGAUCCAUGUCCAGGAACUUGUGGUUUAAAUGCUGAGUGCUUUGUCACUAAUCACCUUGUAUCGUGCUCCUGUAUUGCUUCUUAUACUGGAAAUCCCUACAGUAAUUGCGUUUUAAAACAGGAUGUUCAAACAGACAACACUGAUCCCUGUGCCAGUUCUUUCUGUGGACCCAAUAGUCAAUGCAGAGUAAUUAAUCAGAUAGCUGUUUGCACAUGUCUUCCCAAUUUCAAUGGAAGUCCGCCUGGUUGUAGACCAGAAUGUGUCAGUAAUUCGGAAUGUCCUACUGACAGAACAUGUAUGAACCAAAAAUGUGUAAAUCCAUGCCCGGCUUCUUGUGGACAAAAUACACUCUGUAGAGUUAGAAACAAUGUGCCACUUUGUAAUUGUGCUCCAGGUUUUACUGGAGAUCCUUUCACAAUAUGUUUUACUGUACCCAAUGUCCCCGCUAUUACAAACGAUAAUUCUGACCUAUGUAUUCCAAAUCCUUGUGGACCUUUUUCGGAAUGUCGAAACAUUAGAGGAAUACCGUCUUGUACUUGUCUUCAAAAUUACAUAGGAUCUCCACCAAAUUGUCGUCCAGAAUGUACUUUAAAUUCAGAAUGUCCUAGUAACCAAGCUUGCAUUCAAGCGAAGUGUAGAGAUCCUUGUCCAGGAUCCUGUGGAGUUUCAGCACAAUGUAAUGUUGUCAACCACACGCCAGUUUGUUCUUGUCCAGAAGGAUACACUGGUGAUGCUUUUCAACAAUGUGCUUUGAAUCCCGUUCAAGAACCAUCUAUCUCUGAAACAAACCCAUGUAUUCCUUCACCCUGUGGAACAAAUACACGAUGUGAUAAUGGACUAUGUACUUGCCUACCUGAAUAUCAAGGAGAUCCUUACAUAGGUUGUCGUCCGGAAUGUGUCAUGAAUACCGAUUGCCAAAUGAACCUAGCUUGUAUCCGAAACAAAUGUACCGACCCUUGUAUCGGAACUUGUGGUCAAAGAGCCCUUUGCAAUGUUUUUAAUCACAUACCAAUGUGUUCGUGCUCUUCAGGAAUGACGGGAAAUCCUUUUGUUUUAUGUACAGCACUGCAAGCUCCAAUCAACGAAGAUCCAUGUAACCCAUCCCCCUGUGGUCCAAACAGUCAAUGUAGAGAAAAUAACAAUCAAGCGGUGUGUUCAUGUAUUUCUGGAUUCAUUGGAGCACCACCAACUUGUAGACCAGAAUGUGUAGUGAGCUCUGAUUGUCCUCGAAAUGAAGCAUGUAACAAUCAAAGAUGUACUGAUCCUUGUCCUGGCUCUUGUGGCAUUAGAUCUGAAUGCAGAGUCGUCAAUCACAACCCAGUAUGCAGUUGUCCCGAAAGAAUGACAGGAAACCCAUUUAUUCAGUGUUUCACUAAUCCUCCAACCCCUCCACCUGCUGUGAAUCCAUGUCAACCAUCACCUUGUGGACCGAACUCACAAUGUCAAGUCAUCAAUGAAUCUCCCUCAUGUUCCUGCUUAACGGAAUUUAUUGGUUCACCACCAAAUUGUAGACCAGAAUGUAUUAGUAACAGUGAAUGUGCUAGUCAGCUUGUUUGUCUUAAUAGCAAGUGUCAAAAUCCUUGUCCAGGAUCUUGUGGUACUAGUGCCAUAUGUCGCGUUGUCAGUCACACACCAAUGUGUGUUUGUCCUACCGGAUAUACAGGAGACGCAUUUACUUCAUGUGUCUUGACGCAAUUCGAACGACCAGUGGAACCAUUAAAUCCCUGCAUACCAUCUCCCUGUGGUGCCAAUACGGAAUGCAAGAUUCAGCAAAACGCUGGAUCAUGCAGUUGUUUAGCAAAUUAUAUUGGAAAUCCUUAUGAAGGAUGUAGACCCGAAUGCGUAUUAAAUUCUGAUUGUCCAUCAAAUCUCGCGUGUAUUGGUUCUAAGUGUACGGAUCCUUGUCCUGGAACUUGUGGGCAAAAUGCACAAUGCUAUGUUCUCAAUCAUUCACCCACUUGCAUUUGCCUUGAAACAUUUACUGGAAAUCCAUUUAUCAGUUGUCAAAAAAUUUCACCACUACAAGCGGAUUCCGAAAUAAGUUUACCCUGCCAGACCUGUGGACCUUACAGUCAAUGUCGGGUUAUAAAUGCUCAAUCCGUGUGUUCAUGUCUACCAACUUAUACCGGAAGUCCACCAAAUUGUAGACCCGAAUGUACCGUGAGUGCAGAUUGUGCACUAAAUCGAGCAUGCGUUAAUCAAAAAUGUGUUGAUCCUUGUGCGGGUACUUGUGGUCAAAAUACCAUAUGCAGAGUACUUACGCACAGUCCAUUUUGCUCAUGUAAAUCAGGAUUUACAGGCGAACCAUUCUCAAGUUGUUUCCCCUUACCAAUUAUGCAACCAGUACCUGAUGAAACGAGAGACCCAUGUUAUCCAUCUCCGUGCGGACCAUUUUCACAGUGUCAAAAUAUUAAUGGAAUACCUUCCUGUUCUUGCUUACCCACUUAUAUUGGGAAUCCACCCACUUGUCGUCCAGAAUGUACAAUUAAUUCCGAUUGCCCCAGCACCAGAGCAUGCAUUAACGAACGUUGUCAAGACCCGUGCCUAGGAUCAUGUGGUUUGAAUGCAAUUUGCAAUGUAUUCAAUCACAUUCCCAGUUGUAAUUGCAUGCAAAGUUAUUCGGGAGAUCCGUUUACAGGCUGUACCUACCAACCACCACCAACGAGUCCAAUUGAAUCUGAUCCAUGUAACCCAUCUCCUUGUGGACCUAAUACUAGAUGUGAUAAUGGAACAUGUUCCUGUUUAUCGGAAUAUUUUGGCAAUCCUAUAAUUGGUUGUAGACCAGAAUGUGUCUUAAACACAGACUGUGAUCGUAGUAGAGCAUGUGUACAAAAUAAAUGUGUGGAUCCCUGUAUAAAUGCUUGUGGAUCAGGUGCUCUCUGCAACGUUUUUAACCAUAUACCAAUGUGCAGUUGCCCGUCAGGAACGACUGGUAGCGCCCUAAUUCUAUGCCAAACCGUAAAAGCCCCACCCACUGCGAAACCCUGCAGCCCAUCACCAUGUGGACCCAAUAGUAUAUGUCGUGAGGUAAACGAUCAGGCUGUAUGUACUUGUGCGCCUGGAUAUUUAGGAAGCCCACCAAUGUGUAGACCUGAAUGUAUUGGAAGUUCGGAUUGUUCUAGAAAUCAAGCAUGUACUAAUCAGAAAUGCAUUAAUCCUUGUCUCGGAACGUGCGGUGUACAAGCCAAGUGUGAAGUAAUCAAUCACAAUCCGAUUUGUUCAUGUUCUGAACGUUACACAGGAAAUCCCUUCACCAGAUGCUUUGAACAACCGGAGGCACCAGCAGCACCGAAAGACCCUUGCCAACCAUCGCCAUGUGGUCCCUAUUCAACUUGCCAAGUUGUAAAUAAUGCACCUUCUUGUUCAUGUCAACCACAAUAUAUUGGAUCACCUCCAAAUUGUAGACCUGAGUGUAUUAGUAACUCCGAGUGUCCUAGUAACCAAGCGUGUCUUAAUGAAAAAUGUAGAGAUCCUUGCCCCGGAUCUUGCGGUUCUAAUGCCGAAUGUAGAGUAGUCAGUCACACGCCUAAUUGUAUGUGUCUUAGUCCCUUUAGUGGAGAUCCAUUUGUGCAAUGUCUACUACUACCAACUGAAAGGCCAAAUGAACCUCCCGCUUCUCCCUGCAUACCCUCUCCGUGUGGCGCGAAUGCCAUUUGCAAAGAAUCAAACAACGCAGGAUCCUGUACAUGUCUUCCUAACUACAUCGGCAAUCCCUAUGAUGGUUGUAGACCUGAAUGUAUCAUAAAUUCUGACUGUCCAUCCAAUCAGGGAUGUUUACAAUCGAAAUGUAGAGAUCCCUGUCCUGGAGUAUGUGCUCCAAAUGCCGAAUGCAUGGUCAUUAAUCACUUACCAACGUGUAGCUGCCGUUCAGGAUUUACGGGAGAUCCUUUCACAUUCUGUAAUUUUAUAACAAUAACCGAGGAUCAAAGAGACGUCUGCAAUCCAACGCCUUGUGGACCAAAUAGUCAGUGUAGAGAAGUUAAUGGUCAAGCAGUUUGUACUUGUCAACCUAAUUACAUCGGUAGUCCUCCAGGAUGUCGACCUGAAUGUCUUGCAAGUGCAGAAUGUCCAGCGGAACUCGCGUGCAUCAAUCAAAAAUGCGUUAAUCCAUGCCCCAGUCCUUGUGGUAUCGGUACUCAAUGUGUUGUCGUGAAUCACAGUCCCAUUUGUUCUUGCAACACAGGAUUCAGCGGAGAUCCAUUCACAAGAUGUACACCAGUUCCACCUACAAUGAUAACGGAACCUAUUAGAUCCGACCCCUGUGUACCUUCUCCAUGCGGUAGCUUUUCUCAAUGUCGUGACAUUGGCGGAGUUCCAGCUUGUACAUGCUUACCAAAUUACAGAGGACAACCACCCAAUUGUAGACCGGAAUGCACCAUUAAUUCAGAAUGUUCAAGCAACAUGGCUUGUAUGAAUGAAAAAUGUAGAGAUCCUUGUCCAGGAUCAUGUGGUUUUGGUGCUAGAUGUAUGGUCAAUAAUCACAUACCAAUUUGUAAUUGUCCUGAAGGAUAUACCGGAAAUCCAUUUGAGAAUUGUAACAUUCAAGCAAUAUCUGUCGAGCCAAUUCCAGUAGAUAAAUGCAAUCCUUCACCUUGUGGUGCCAAUACCCGAUGCGACAAUGGACAAUGUACAUGUUUACCGGAAUUCCAAGGAAAUCCAUUAGCUGGAUGUCGACCUGAGUGUGUUCUAAAUUCCGAUUGUCCUAGAGAUAGAGCUUGUUUACGAAAUAAAUGUGUAAAUCCAUGUAUCGGUGCUUGUGCAACUGAAGCUCUUUGUACAGUAAUUAAUUACGUGCCCAUGUGCAGUUGUCCAGCAAACAUGACUGGAAAUGCAUUCAGUCAGUGUUCUCCUUUGAGAGAUGAACAACCAGUUAAUCCAUGCAGCCCAUCGCCUUGCGGAUCCAACAGUGACUGUCGUGUUGUUAACGGUCAUGCAGUAUGCACAUGUAUUUUAGGCUUUCUAGGAAGUCCACCCUCGUGUAGACCGGAGUGUGUAGUUAGUACUGAUUGCCCACAGAAUGAAGCAUGUUCUAAUCAAAAAUGUGUAAAUCCUUGUCCUGGUACUUGUGGAAUAAGUGCCAUGUGCGAAAUUGUCAAUCAUAGUCCAAUUUGUAGCUGCCCAUCCAGAUUCACGGGCGAUCCAUUUAUCAGAUGCAUACCAACACCUGAAGAACCAAUAAAGCCAAUAAACCCUUGUCAACCGUCACCAUGCGGUCCGAAUUCACAGUGCCAAGUGAUAGCUAAUUCACCUACAUGCUCUUGCAUGAAUGAAUUUAUCGGUUCACCACCAAAUUGUAGACCAGAGUGUGUUAGUAAUACUGACUGUUCUCGUCAAUUAGCAUGUAUUAAUCAAAAAUGCAGAAACCCAUGUAUAGAUUCUUGUGGUGCAAAUGCAGAGUGUCACGUUGUAAGUCAUACUGCAAUGUGCAACUGCAUGCCCAAUUACACUGGAGAUCCUUUUACACAAUGUAUCAUUAGAGACACUCCAGUUGCUCCAACUGUAAGACCUUGCACACCUUCUCCAUGCGGAUCAAACGCCAUUUGUACUGAGCUUAAUGAAGCAGCAUCUUGUAGCUGUAUUUCUAAUUAUAUUGGCAAUCCGUAUGAAGGAUGCCGACCAGAAUGUGUAUUAAAUUCAGAUUGUCCCUCAAAUCAAGCAUGUGUCAAUUCAAGAUGUAAAGAUCCUUGUCCGGGAACUUGUGGAAUGAACGCGGAAUGUCUAGUCAUAAAUCAUCUUCCAACGUGUUCCUGUAAUCCACAAUUUACUGGAGAUCCUUUUACUUAUUGCAAAAUUAUUCCCCGAGAACCAGUUACUGCAAGACAACCAUGUAAUCCGUCUCCCUGUGGUCCUAAUAGUCAAUGUCGAGAGAUAAACGGGCAAGCUGUCUGUUCAUGUUUAUCAGGAUUCCUAGGUCAACCACCAGGAUGUCGUCCUGAAUGUACAAUAAAUUCUGAAUGUGCCUCUACCAAAGCUUGUAUUAAUAGAAAAUGUACUGAUCCAUGUCUUGGAACUUGUGGUCUAAGUGCCAGAUGUGAAUCAAUCAAUCACAGUCCCAUUUGCUCAUGUCCAGAAAAAUUCACCGGUGAUCCAUUUGUUAAUUGCUUCCCAAGCCCAACUGAAACCCAACUGGCACCACCUAGUCAAACAAAUCCAUGUGUGCCUUCUCCCUGUGGUCCAAAUUCAGAAUGUAGAAAUAUAAACGGUCAAGCUUCGUGUGCUUGCUCAGUUAAUUAUAUAGGUACUCCGCCAAAUUGCAGACCUGAAUGUACAAUAAACUCCGACUGCCCCAGUAGUGAAUCAUGCUUCCAAUUGAAAUGUAGAGAUCCUUGCCCUGGCUCUUGUGGUUUAGGAGCCGAGUGUACUGUCGUUAAUCAUACACCCAAUUGUGCAUGUUUGACAUCAUAUACAGGAGAUCCGUUUACUAGAUGUACUCCAAUUUUGCAAAUUCCUGCAGAACCAAAACCUUUUAGUCCUUGUGAUAAUUGCGGUGCAAAUACCAAUUGCGUGAACGGUGCUUGCACUUGUCUACCGGAAUAUAGAGGCGAUCCUUACGCAGGCUGUCGUCCUGAAUGUGUUAUCAACUCUGAUUGUCUCAGAUCGCAGGCCUGUUUGCGAAAUAAAUGCGUUGAUCCAUGCAUUAAUACUUGUGGAUUCAAUGCUGUAUGUUCAGUUGUUAAUCAUGUUCCUAUCUGCACUUGUCUGAGCAAUAUGACCGGCAACGCUUUUGUUACUUGUUCCCCAAUAACAGUUACUCCGUUACAAGAUCCAUGCAACACAUCUCCUUGUGGACCAAAUAGUCAAUGUAGAAAAAUAAAUGAGCAAGCUGUAUGCACUUGCGUUCAGGGAUAUCUAGGAGUUCCACCAAAUUGUAGACCCGAGUGUACAAUUAGCUCUGACUGUCGUGCUGAUUUAGCUUGUAGUAAUCAGAGAUGUAUUGAUCCAUGUCCUGGAACUUGUGGUAUCAGAGCCCAGUGUAAAGUUAUCAAUCAUAAUCCACUUUGUACUUGUCAAGGAGAUUUGACAGGCGAUCCGUUCGUCGCUUGUUUCCCGCAACCUGUAAAACCACCAGCGACUCCCAUUAAUCCAUGUGACAAUUCACCAUGUGGUCCAAAUGCGCGAUGUGAAGUAGUGAACAAUUCACCUUCUUGUUCUUGUUUAGCUGAUUUCUUAGGAACACCUCCAAACUGUAGACCAGAAUGCGUCAGUAACAGUGAAUGUGACAAUCAAUUAGCUUGCAUUAACAGAAAAUGUAGAAACCCAUGUCCAGGUUCAUGCGGUUCCAACACUGAAUGUAGAGUUGUUAGCCAUACGCCCAUGUGUGUUUGUAUAGCAGGAUAUACUGGUGAUCCCUUCACCCAGUGUUCUUUAAGACCAAUGGAUACACCUAUUGAAAGACCAACACCAUGCAUACCAUCACCUUGUGGCUCUAAUGCAAUUUGCCGAGAAGCAAAUGGAGCAGGAUCUUGUUCCUGUUUACCUGAUUAUAUUGGAAAUCCUUAUGAAGGAUGUAGGCCCGAAUGUACCGUAAAUUCUGAUUGUACCUCAGACAGAGCCUGCAUUAGAUCAAAGUGUCAGAAUCCAUGUCCGGGAACUUGUGGUACAAAUGCUGUCUGUCAAGUCGUUAAUCAUCUCCCAGUAUGUUCAUGUCAAUCCGGAUACUCCGGCAAUCCUUUUACUUAUUGCAAUCGAAACAUUGAAAGCCCCUUAGUCACUGAUGUGUGCAAUCCGUCUCCCUGUGGACCAAAUAGUCAAUGUCGUGUAUCAAAUGGACAAGCUGUUUGUUCUUGCAUGCCUACAUUUAGUGGAAAUCCCCCGGCAUGCAAACCUGAAUGUACUGUUAGCACAGAGUGUCCUACAAAUCGUGCGUGUAUCAAUAGAAAAUGCAGCGAUCCUUGUCCCAAUGUCUGUGGAGUCGAUUCACAGUGUAACGUUAAUAAUCAUAGUCCAAUUUGUAGCUGUAAAGCUGGAUCAACUGGUGAUCCUUUCAUAAGAUGUUUCUUACUUCCUCCUCCACCAGUAAAUCCAGUAGUUGUCAACCCUUGCGUUCCAUCGCUAUGUGGUUCUUUCUCAACAUGCAGAGACAUUGGAGGUGUGCCAGCUUGUUCUUGCAUGAGCGAUUAUAUCGGCUCUCCACCAAAUUGUCGACCUGAAUGCACCAUUAAUUCCGAAUGUACCAGUAACAUGGCUUGUUUAAGACAAAAGUGCACAGAUCCUUGUCCGGGAUCUUGUGGACUUAGUGCUUAUUGUACCGUUGUAAAUCAUUUAGCCAGUUGCUCAUGUCCAGAAGGCUACUCCGGUGAUCCAUUUAGAAGUUGUACUCCAACUCCUGUUAAAGAAACGAGACCAACUGAUCUCUGCAAUCCAUCUCCAUGUGGAUCAAACGCUAUCUGCCGUAAUGGAUCUUGUUCGUGUUUACCUGAUUAUUUAGGAGAUCCAUAUGUAUCAUGUCGUCCGGAAUGUGUUCAAAGUACAGAUUGUCCAUCAACUAGAGCUUGUAUUCGAAGCAAGUGUAAUGAUCCCUGUCCUGGAGUUUGUGGUCAAAGAGCCGUUUGCAAUGUUUUCAAUCAUAUACCAAUGUGCUCUUGUCCCGCCGGUAUGAGCGGAAACGCUUUUAUCGCUUGCGAUAAUGUGGAACCGACAGUUGUAAAAAGUCCUUGUAAUCCAUCACCAUGCGGACCAAACAGUAGAUGUCAACCAAUCAAUGAACAACCAGUGUGCAUGUGUAUAGAAGGGUUUACCGGUAGCCCUCCGGGUUGUCGACCAGAAUGUAUCAUUAACUCUGAUUGCCCAUUGAAUCAAGCUUGUGUAAAUCAAAAGUGCAGAGACCCUUGUCCUGGAACUUGCGGCUUAUCAGCAAAAUGUCAAGUCGUAAAUCACAAUCCAAUCUGCAGUUGUCCUCCAAUUUUCACUGGUGAUCCAUUUAUUAGAUGUUUCCCAAGACCCGAAGAACCCGUAGAACAAUCAAAUCCAUGUGUACCAAAUCCAUGCGGUCCGAGUUCACAGUGUAAUUUAAUUAACAAUCUACCCUCUUGCUCAUGCCUUCCUGAAUUUAUUGGAUCGCCACCAAAUUGUCGACCAGAGUGUGUCAGCAACGGUGAAUGUGCCAGUAGACUAGCAUGCAUCAAUCAAAAAUGUACAGAUCCUUGUCAAGGAUCAUGUGGUUCUAAUGCUCAAUGUAAUGUUGUAAAUCAUAUUCCCAUGUGUUCAUGCACUGCCGGAUUUACGGGAGAUCCUUUCGUUCAAUGUAUUGUCAAACAACCAGAGCCAUCAAUUCCAGUUCAGCCAUGUGUUCCAUCACCUUGUGGAUCUAAUGCAGAAUGUAGGGAUCAAAAUGGCAUUGCCACGUGUUCAUGCAUAGCUGAAUAUAUCGGAAAUCCAUACGAUGGAUGUCGUCCAGAAUGUACCAUAAAUUCAGAUUGUCCUGCGAAUUUGGCAUGUAUUAGAUCUAAAUGUCAAAAUCCUUGCCUUGGCAUGUGUCCUGGAAGGAACUCUUACUGUCAAGUAGUAUCACACUUACCAAUUUGUAGUUGCCUUCCGGGUUCGACUGGAGAUCCAUUCGUUAAUUGUGCAUAUCAAAUAGAAGACACUUCAGUAACACCUUGUGAACCUUCACCAUGUGGACUAAAUAGCGUUUGUAGAGUUAAUCAAAAUCAAGCCACUUGCACUUGUGUACAAGGAUUCUUAGGAAGCCCACCAAAUUGUAAGCCAGAGUGUCUCGUAAGCUCUGAAUGUAGAUCGAAUCUUGCCUGUAUCAAUCAAAAAUGUGUUGAUCCUUGCCCUGGUCUCUGUGGUAUUGACGCAGAAUGUAGAGUAAUAAAUCAUAGUCCAAUAUGCAGAUGUUUGGAACGCCAAACUGGUGAUCCGUUUAUUCGAUGUUUCCCUCAACAAGUUGCAAUCGAAGAUGAGAAUAGAGAUCCUUGUCUACCUUCACCUUGUGGAACAAAUUCUAUGUGUAGAAAUAGUGGAAAUAGCGCCAUUUGCGCUUGCCUUAAUAAUUACAUUGGUUCGCCUCCCAACUGUCGUCCAGAAUGUUCUAUAAAUUCAGAUUGUACUUACGAUAAAGCCUGCAUGAGAGAAAAAUGUAGAGAUCCUUGCCCAGGAUCUUGUGGUUUUGGAGCUCGUUGCGCUGUUGUCAAUCACACACCCAGUUGUUCUUGUCCCGAAGGUUUUACUGGUGAUCCUUUCACCAGCUGCUUACCAACACCACCACCUCCACCCCAAAGACCAUCAGACCCAUGUAAUCCAUCACCUUGUGGCUCCAACACACAGUGCCGAAACGGAUUAUGUACAUGCUUACAAGAAUAUUCAGGAGAUCCUUACGUUGGCUGUAGACCUGAAUGCGUCAUUAAUCCCGACUGUCCUCGUAAUAGAGCAUGCAUACGAAAUAAAUGCGUGGACCCUUGUAUCGGUACAUGUGGUUUAAAUGCAGAAUGUUUAGUUGUAAAUAACCUCCCAAUGUGUAGUUGCCCAAGAAAUAUGACUGGAAAUGCAUUCACUCUUUGUUCACCAAUAGAACCGGUCGUAACUGAACCAUGUAAUCCGUCACCUUGUGGACCUAACAGCCAUUGUCAAACUAUCAAUGGACAAGCUGUUUGUCGCUGCAUUCCUGGCUAUAGUGGAGCACCACCAUCAUGUAGAUCCGAGUGUAUCGUGAACUCUGAUUGUUCCAGAGAUAGAGCAUGCGUAAAUCUGAAGUGUAUUAAUCCUUGUCUUGGAUCUUGCGGUUUUGAAGCACUGUGCUCGGUUAUUAAUCAAAAUCCUGUUUGCUCUUGUCCUCCAGGAUACACUGGAGAUCCAUUUAAAUAUUGUUAUCAACAACCUGCUCAACCACCUGUGCCAAUCAAUCCGUGUCAGCCAAAUCCCUGUGGCCCGAACGCACAGUGUCGUGAAAUUAAUCAAUCUCCCUCUUGUUCAUGUAUGCCUAAUUUUAUCGGAACACCACCAAACUGUCGACCUGAGUGCAUCAGCAAUGGCGAAUGUCCAAAUAAUCUAGCUUGCAUAAACAACAAAUGUGCAGAUCCAUGUCCGGGAAUUUGUAACCUGAACGCUGAAUGUAAAACGAUUAGUCAUAUUGCAAUGUGUACAUGCCUUCGUGGUUUCACUGGUGAUCCGUUUGUGCAAUGCAUUCCAGAAAAACCACUACCACCACCACAGUCCGAUAUUGUAAGUGCCUGUCAACGAUCACCCUGUGGUGCAAAUGCCAAUUGUCGAGAAUCUUCGGGUUCUAGUAUUUGCACGUGUUUGACAGAUUUUUAUGGAAAUCCAUACGAAGGUUGUAGACCCGAAUGUCUCAUUAAUUCCGAUUGUCAACUAGAUAGAACUUGCAUUCGUAAUAAAUGUCAAGACUCAUGUCCAGGAAGUUGUGGACAAAAUACCAUGUGUCAAGUCAUUAAUCAUGUGCCAAGUUGCACCUGCCUUCCUGGUUAUACCGGUAAUCCUUUCCAAUACUGCAAUAUGAUUCAAAUGCAACGUCCUACUGAUUCGUGUAAUCCAUCACCAUGUGGUCCUAACAGUCAAUGUCGAAAUAAUAAUGGACAAGCAAUAUGCACAUGCUUACCGACAUUCUUAGGUACUCCACCGGCUUGCAAACCAGAAUGUACUGUCAGUUCUGAAUGUCCAAUGACUCGCGCUUGUGUUAAUCAAAAAUGCGUUGAUCCCUGUCAAGGAAUUUGUGGAAUUGGCGCUGAAUGCAGAACAGUAUUCCACAGUCCUCUCUGUAGUUGUAAACCUAGACAAACCGGCGAUCCGUUUGUUAGAUGCUUCGAAAUGCUUCCGCCUGUAAAAGAACCUGCAAGUCCAUGUAUGCCGUCACCUUGCGGACCAUUUGCUCAGUGUAUGGAUAGAGGUGGUUACUCCUCUUGUUCCUGUUUGGACAACUACGUCGGAUCACCACCCAACUGUAGACCCGAAUGUACAAUAAAUUCUGAUUGUAUUAGUAAUAAAGCCUGUAUCAACGAGAGAUGUCGUGAUCCAUGUCUGGGAUCUUGUGGCCAAAAUGCCAAUUGUCAAGUUGUUAAUCACAUACCCAUGUGUACAUGUCCAGAAAAAUUCACCGGAGAUCCUUUCAAUAAUUGUUCCCCUAUACCACAAAUACCACCAAGACCAACAAUACAAGACAAAUGCAAUCCUUCACCCUGCGGACCUAAUGCCCAAUGUCGCGAUGGAAUUUGCACUUGUCUACCCGAAUAUAGAGGUGAUCCCUACCUCAGCUGUCGACCAGAAUGUGUCCAAAAUACUGACUGCCCCCAAAAUAGAGCCUGUAUGAACAACAAAUGCGUCGACCCUUGUCCUGGAGUUUGCGGACAAAAUGCCCAAUGUCAAGUUAUAAAUUAUCUUCUCACUUGUAUCUGUAAUCCCAAUUAUGAAGGAGAUCCAUUUACCGCCUGUCAACUUGUGAAAAAACGAACCAAUCCCUGCAAUCCUUCACCCUGCGGACCCUACAGUAUUUGUCAAGAAAUAGGUGAUCAAGCCUCCUGCUCAUGUAUGAAAAACUAUUUUGGUAGCCCACCCAGCUGCCGACCUGAAUGUGUCGUCAGCACUGAUUGUCCUCAAAAUAAAGCGUGCAUCAAUGAAAAAUGUCAAAAUCCAUGUAUUAAUGCUUGUGGACAAAAUACGUUAUGCAAUGUGCGCAAUCAUAAUCCCCUUUGCUCAUGUCCUCCGGAAUAUAGCGGUGAUCCCUUCGUCAACUGCUUCCCUGCGCCAAUUGUGACCAAAGACCCAUGCAAUCCCUCACCAUGUGGACCAAAUACCCAAUGUACACCCUCCGCAGAUAAUACACCCUUGUGCUCAUGUUUACCCACGUUCUUAGGAUUUCCACCAAACUGUAAACCCGAAUGCCUUAUCAAUAGCGAAUGUCCAAAUCAUCUCGCUUGUGUUAGGCAAAAAUGCACCGAUCCUUGUUUAGGAGCCUGUGGAACAAAUGCCAUUUGUCGUGCAACAUUACAUCGACCCCAGUGCUCAUGUCCCGAAGGAUAUAUAGGAAAUCCUCAACAAGUUUGCGUCCUGACUCAGAGUACACCAGCACCCACGACAAGUCCUUGUAAUCCAUCACCCUGUGGAGUUAAUGCAUUCUGUCGAGAACGUGUCGACACUGCAAUCUGCGAAUGUCAAGAGGACUACAGAGGAAAUCCUUACGAAGGAUGUCAUCCAGAAUGUUUGGUUAACAGCGACUGUCCUAAGUCUCAAGCUUGCAGCAGGACCAAGUGCCAAGAUCCUUGUGCCAGGACCUGUGGUAUCGGUGCAAUUUGCACUGUGACAAAUCACUUCCCUGCGUGCUCCUGUCCUCGACAAACUAUAGGGGAUGCGUUCAGUUAUUGUCAGCCAGAAACAGUACCACCUAAAUCGGAUCCAUGCCAUCCAUCACCAUGUGGACCAAAUACUAUCUGCGUAAGCGUUGGAGGAAAUGCUCUUUGUCGAUGCUUGCCAGAAUUAAAGGGAGUGCCUACUGAUCCCUCUGGUUGUCGACCGGAGUGCAUCGUCAGUUCUGAUUGUCCAGCCGAUUUGGCUUGCAUCAAUAGUCAAUGUUCAAAUCCUUGUUCGCAAAAUGUUUGUGGAGUCAAAGCUUAUUGUACAGUUAUAAAUCACAGCCCUCUUUGCAGUUGUCCCUCUUCUUUAGUUGGCAAUCCUUUCGUCGAAUGUUAUGAAGAAAAAGCUAUAAAUCCUUGCAAUCCGAAUCCAUGUAGCACAAAUGGAGAAUGUAGAGUAAGAAAUGGAGAAUAUAUUUGUAUCUAUCCGGAGUGUCUCAUUAACAGCGAUUGUCCACGUGACAAGACAUGUCUCUCACAAAAAUGCCGAGAUCCUUGCAUCAAUGCUUGCGGUAUCAAUUCUCUUUGUCAAACUAUAAACCACAAAGCAAUUUGCUCUUGUCCUAUAGGUUUCUCAGGAAAUCCCCAUGAAGAAUGUAAAAUAGCAGAAAAAGAACCACCUCGACCUGAAUGUACAGAUAGUUCAGAAUGUCCCAAUGAAAAAGCCUGCAUUAAUCUCAGGUGUACUAAUCCUUGUGAACUUGAUUCCUGUGGAUUUAACACCAAUUGCUUUGUGCAAAAUCACCGAGCAGUUUGCACCUGCAAGGAUGGAUUUAUUGGAAAUCCUCAACAUCAUUGUGUCGAAAUUGGAUGCCGUAGCGAUGAUGAAUGUUCUCCAUCUCAAUCUUGUGUGAAUAAUGAGUGUAUUGAUUCUUGCUUAAUAACUCAAUGUGGAAUAAGCGCGCAAUGCAAAUCCGAUGGAUACCACCGUGCCAAUUGCUAUUGUCCAGAGGGAUUCUUAGGAAAUCCUUACGACAGAUGUCAAAGACCAGAAUGUAGUACUGACGAUGAAUGCUCUUCCUUCUUGGCUUGUCACAAUAAUCGAUGCGUCGAUCCUUGUAAUUGUCCACUUUCAGCUCAAUGUCUAGUCGUCAAUCAUAGACCCAGUUGUCGAUGUCCUCCUGGAUUCACCGGCGAUCCUUACGAAUCUUGUGGAAUGGAACCAGUUGGUGUAACACCUGAAUGUAAACUCGACGCAGAUUGUCCAAGUAAAUUGGCCUGCUUUGAAGGAAUGUGCAAAGAUCCUUGCGCAGAAUCGAAACCCUGUAUUACAAAUGCCAAAUGUUCUGUUGUUGACAGCCUACCAAUGAGAACAUUAAUCUGUGAAUGUGCUCCCGAUUUUAUUGGAGACGCGACAAUCGCUUGCAUUCCCGUCGAAAAGAAAUUAGAUCAUAUUUGCCUAUCAAAUUCGGAGUGCAAUCCAAAUAUGGCUUGUAUAAAUCAACAUUGUGUCGAUCCAUGUGGAGUUAAUCCAUGUUCUGAAUCCGCCGAAUGUCACGUUGAAAAUCAUCGUCACGUUUGUCGCUGUCCUCCUGGUUUUAUCGGCGAUCCAUUCAUUAAUUGCUACAGAGAUAUACUUCCUGAGUGUACGAGAAAUUCAGAUUGCGCUUCAGAUCUGGCUUGUAUAAAUCGUCUUUGUCAGAAUCCAUGUUUGAGUAGCCGAUGUGGAUUGAGAGCAGAGUGUGUGGUACACAAUCAUCAUCCAACUUGCAGAUGUCCUUUAAAUCUCGCUGGAGAUCCUCAAGUUCAGUGUUUCAAGACGGAAUGCACAUCAGACUAUGAUUGUCCCUUUGACAAAGUUUGCAUCAACAAUAAUUGUAUUUCUCCAUGUCUCAAUGCGUUUGUCACUUGUGGUCGCGGAGCAGAAUGUUCAGCUGUAGCUCAUAGAGCUCAAUGUACUUGUCCUCCAGGAACGCAAGGAAAUGCUCGCACCGCUUGCAUUACUGCUGUCUGUCAUUACAACGAGGAUUGCGCCGAGGACGAAACUUGCGACAGAUUAAACAGAGUUUGUCAGAAGGUUUGCUCCGACGACAGUUGUGGAGAUGAGGCUUUGUGCUCUGCCAAAAAUCAUGAGCCCAUUUGUUCCUGUCCACCUGGAACCAAAGGAAAUCCAUACGUCGAAUGUCAAGGCGAACCAUUCAAAGCAGACUGCACGGAAGACCGACAAUGUUCACCAAAUUUCGCCUGCGUCAAUGCCAGAUGUCAAGAUCCUUGUUUGGUUACAAAUAUGUGUAGCAGUGAACAAAUUUGUAGAGUCAUUCCGGCAGAGCAUAUUCGAACAAUUAUUUGUGAAUGUCCAAAGGAUGCUUAUACUGAUGAGAAUGGAAAUUGCGUGAAACACGAAUUGGAUACAUGUCGUUUGGAUGAUGAAUGCGAAAAUCAUGAACUUUGUCUGAGUGGAUCUUGCGUUGAAGCUUGUCUCACAGUUCAAUGUGGUCUCAAUGCCCAAUGUAAAUCAACGUCUCACUCUGGAAUUUGUGCAUGCGCUGCUAAUUUUGAAGGCAACCCAUACAUCGAAUGCUCCCGAGUUCCUCUGCCACCUCCUGUAUUCUAUCCAGAAUGUACAUCGAACGAUGACUGCUUUACGGACAAGCAAUGUAUCAAUUCUCGUUGCGUCAAUCCUUGUCUAGAAGGCAAUCCUUGUGGAACAAAUUCCUUCUGUCAUGUCCGUGACCACAACGCCAUGUGCAGAUGUCCCGAAGAGUACUUGGGCAAUCCUUUUACUGAAUGCAUACCACCAAAACAAAUAGCUGGAUGUCAAUCAAACAGCGAAUGUGCUGGCACUGAAUCGUGCGUCAACGGACAUUGUGUCAGUCCUUGCGAUUGUGGACAAAACACCAAAUGUGCAGUCGUUAAUCAUCAUCCUUCUUGUGUUUGCUUGCCAGGCUAUUCCGGCAAUCCACACUUUGGAUGCACCAAGUUGGAGUGUGAAUCAGACAGCGAUUGUCGAGUCUCCGAUACAUGUUACAAUGGACAAUGCAUGAAUCCUUGCAUCCUAGAGAACAAAUGUGCAAUCAAUGCAGAAUGUUACGGAGCUAAUCAUCGAGCAACAUGUAAAUGUGGUGCAGGAUUCUUUGGAAAUCCAGACGUUUAUUGCGAGAGAGCUGAAUGUACCAGCAAUUACGAUUGUCCAUCAAAUUUGGCGUGUCAUAACAGCAGAUGCGUUAAUCCAUGCACUCAUGACUCUCCAUGUGCACAGAAUGCCGUUUGUUACGUUCAAAAUCAUCUUGCAUCAUGUCGUUGUCCAGAAACUCUACCCAGUGGAAAUCCAUUCUCCUACUGUGAACGCCUACCACCUGAAGAUAAACCUGAGUGUGUCAAAGAUUUGGACUGUCCCAGUAAAUUGGCCUGCAUCAAAGACACUUGCGUUGAUCCAUGUGCUGUGAUACGACCUUGCUUUGAAAAUGCUCGCUGCAGUGUCUUUGAUAAUGUUCCUGUGAGGACGAUGGCUUGCACUUGUCCUGACGGCUGGAUUACCGACAAACAAGGAAUCUGCAAACGAAUUCAAAUAACAACACCAAAUGGUUGUAUUUCGAAUGAUGAAUGUCCUGACAAUGAAUCCUGUAUCAACCGUCAAUGUCGGGAUCCUUGCAAUUGUGGAACGAAUGCCGUUUGCUAUGUCAAGAAUCAUCAACCAAUAUGCUCUUGCCAGAAGGGAUAUCAGGGUCUUCCGGACGUCGCGUGUUUCCCAGUCGAAUGCCAACGAGAUUCGGAAUGUAUGCCCGAUAAGGCGUGCCACAAUGGAAACUGUGUGAAUCCUUGUCUUCUGUCCGAGUCGUGUGGCACGAAUGCCGAAUGCUUUGUUCGUAAUCACGAGGCAAUUUGCCGCUGUCAAUCAGGCUUCCGAGGAAACGCUCAGGACAUGUGUCGCAUAAUCGGAUGCUACAGCAACAGCGAUUGUCCCAGCGAUCAUGCCUGCGUCAACUCGCAGUGCGUCAAUCCAUGUCUUAGGGACAAUCCAUGUACCUCGCGUGCCAACUGCGUUGUUCACAAUCAUCAUCCAAUUUGCAAGUGUCAAGUUCAUUUGACAGGAAACCCAUACGUCAGCUGCCAACCACGACCGGAACCAGAGUGCCGGGAUGAUGAAGAUUGUCCCAGUUUGACUGCUUGCAUCAAUAAGAAAUGCCAAAAUCCUUGCACAGCCAUUCAACCGUGCACUGAACCAGCUGAGUGCAGAGUACUUCCGGAUUAUUCCGUGAGAUCGUUAAUCUGCGUCUGUCCGAGUGGAUACAUCAGCAGUGGCAGUGGCACAUGUGAACCAAUUCUCGUCGAUGCUGUCUGUCGAAGAGAUUCGGAUUGUCCAUCAGACCGUGCUUGCAUCAAUGCACUUUGUAAAGAUCCUUGUGCAUGCGGUUCGAAUGCAGUUUGUAACUUGAAAAAUCAUAAACCAAUUUGUUCGUGUCUUCCUGGAUACGACGGAAACCCUGAAAUUCACUGCAGUAAAAUUGUUGGAUGUCGAUCAGACAGUGAAUGUAGUGGCACUCACACUUGCAUCAAUCGAAGUUGUGUGCCCGCGUGUGCAUCAUCAUCAUGCGGAAAGGGAGCCGAGUGUCUAGCCUUGUAUCACAAAGCCAUAUGCGAAUGUCCUGUUGGUUAUGGCGGUAAUCCACGAGAGGCCUGUGUUCUUCUUGGUUGUCGAAGUAAUUCCGAUUGUCCCACGGACAAAGCUUGUAUCAAUCGAAGAUGUGAGAAUCCUUGCACACUCAAUCCGUGCACUGGACAAACUGACUGUCACGUUCACAAUCAUGUUGUCGAGUGUCUGUGCCCCGAAGGAUUUAUUGGAGAUUCCAGAAAUGGAUGCGCUCGAGUGGACAUUGGAUGCCGAAGUGAUUCGGAUUGUCCUUCACAAACAGCGUGCUUCAAUGGCGAAUGUAUAAAUCCCUGUGAGAAGGUCCAACCUUGUGGAAUCAAUGCUCAAUGUAAAGUUCUCGAUAUUAUGCCUGUGAGAUUGAUGAUAUGUGAAUGUAUUCCUGGCUAUCGAGGAUACGCAAUAGAUCGAUGCGUUGGAGUGAAAAUCUGUCCAAUAGAAAAGGGUCAGAUUCGUGAUGAGAAUGACAAUUGCGUAUGUCCACCUGGUAAGGCUAUGAACGAGAAUGACGUUUGUGUGAUUUGUCGAAAGGAAAUUGGAAUGGUAAUUAACAAGGAAGGUGAAUGUGUGUGUGCUCUUGAGAAAGGAAUGAUAAUUGAUGGACAUGGAAAUUGUCGUUGUCCCGAGGAACAUGGUUACGUUCUCGACAUCUAUGGAUACUGCAAACCUGUGAAACAAUGCUUCCGAGACGAUGAAUGCUCUGACGAUAAAUUCUGUUCGCCAUUGAAUUUCAAAUGCGAAAAUCCAUGCGAGGAUAAGAUUUGUUCGAAUGCGUACUGCACUGCAGAGAAUCAUCGAGCAAACUGUAAAUGUAUCGAAGGUUACUCUGGUAUAAAUUGCGAAAACAAAAACACAACGGUUUAUCGAACGGACUUCCCGAAAUCAGAAGUCGAAGCACAUUGUUUGUCUGAUGGAAUUGAAGUGGAUAUCACCUUUAACAAUAGUACAGUUAAUGAUGGUUUCGAUGGAGUUUUAUACGUGAAAGGUCACAGCAAAGAAGAAAAUUGUCGACGAAUUAUUUCGCUCGAUCGUGGAAUGAGCAAUCAUCAUUUGAAAUUUAAAGUGAAAUUUGGAACCUGUGGAUUAAUUCACAUUAACGGUGAAGCGUCCUUUAAAUUAAUUAUACAAAAGCAUCCAAAAUUGAUGACGUUUAAUGCGCAAGCAUAUCUGAUAAAAUGUUUGUACCAAAUUGGAGAACAAAAUGUGACUCUAGGAUUUAAUGUCUCAAUGCUGACAACUGCCGGUACCAUUGCAAACACUGGACCACCUCCAACUUGUUCGAUGCAAAUUGUCACUCAAAGUGGAAAUAACGUCGAAAAUGCAGAAAUAGGAGACAAUCUCAUGCUUCAAGUUAACGUCACACCUAAUUCAAUUUAUGGUGGAUUUGCCCGCAACUGCGUCGCUAAAACAAUGGAAGAGAAAGUGGAAAAUGAAUAUAUUGUGACUGAUGAAAAUGGAUGUGCCACUGAUCCAACGAUAUUUGGAGAAUGGGAACAAGACGCUGACUCACAAAUUUUGAUGGCUAGUUUUAAUGCAUUCAAAUUCCCGAAUAGCGACAAUAUACGUUUCCAAUGUAAUAUUCGCGUUUGCUUCGGCAGAUGUCAACCAGUUAAUUGCAGAGGAUAUAAUGCCUUUGGUCGUCGGCGAAGAGCAGCCGAUACCGAACCAAAUGACACUGCCUUAAGUGUAAGAGACAGCAAUGAAGGUCAACUUCGAGAAGAAAUAACAGUAAAAUCAAAUUUAAUUCGUACCGUAGAAAGAGUAGAAGCUCGAUAUACUGCCGAUCCAACAGAAUCUCCUUCAGCUCAACGAGUGGAAGAUAUAUGCGUAUCAAUGGUUGGAUUUGUAAUCUCAUUAGUUAUAACUGCAUUGCUGGCAUUAGUCGCCGUAGCGAUAGCUGUUUCCUGUUGGCUCUUGGCAUAUCGUCGUCAACCAAAAACAGCUGGGCCACUGCCACAUCCACCAGAAUUUCCAAAUCCCUUGUUCACCACCGAAUCAGUGGCUGAACCAUCGCCCGACUAUCAUUUGUCAUAAAAGAAAAAACUCAUAGAAUGAUUAUUUUAUAAUUAACCUAUUUGGGAAUUACAAUCUCGGGCAACUCGCGUCCUGUAUUGACCAGUCUUGUAUUUCCAAGCAUUUCCUCCAUUGACUUAUUUUUUUUCCUUCUCAGGGUACGAUUGAUCAUGAUGGAAAAAGUGUAUUUGAUAUAAUGAUGAGCAUUGUAGCACUUACUAUUUAUGGUGAUGGUACUUUCCAUUAUCUAGGUAUGCGUGAAAAGACUUUGCAAACUUACUUUUAACAUCUUAUAUAUUUUCUUAUAAGUAUCGACUCUAGUCCCUGGAGGAUUUGUACCUUUAAUAUAUAUAUAUGUAAUCAAUCGCAAACUUACUUGCUGUGUAAAGUCAAACGAAUUAGUCUAAUCUAGCUUUCUUACUUUUAGACAAUUGUACAUUUUUUUAUCUAAUAAAAGGCUAAUGAUUUAUUUCUAUAGUCCAUCCGUCCUCUCUUAGGAUAAAUUGUAAAUAAACUUAAUUAUCAAUACUUAUGUAAACGUAUAUUAAAUAAAUAAUAAAUAAAUAAAA